AUGAUGUGUGAGGUAAUGCCUACCAUCAGCGAGAGUGACCCCUUGGGGUCACAGCCGGGCUCUGAUUCUGAUGCCAACUUUGAACAGCUGAUGGUGAAUAUGCUUGAUGAGAGAGACAAGCUGCUAGAGACUCUUCGGGAAACACGUGAGACUCUGUCUGUGACUCAGGGCCGGCUACAGGAGACCGUGCAUGAGAGAGACCAGCUGCAGAGGCAACUGAACUCUGCUUUACCUCAGGUAAGAUAAAUACACAGAUUUUGUGGAAACUAAAAGAUGGCAACAGCAGGAAAAGUCAUGGGCAUGCCAGGACAGAGGGCAUGGCUUUCUUAGUCUAAUUUGAGAGGAUGUGGCUAAAGUUGGACAUAAAUGUAAUGCAUAAUGCAUUGGUUUCUCAUCACUGUAGGCACUUGCCAGGGAUGGAGUUUUGAAACCUUUUCUAAUUUCCUUCUAAAUUAACUGCAUAGCUGCUUAUAGCGGGUACUAUACAAUACGGCAUUUUCUGCUUUAGCAAGGUGUUGGACUAGGUGAUCUUUGAGGCCCCUUCCAGCUCUAAUUGCAGCAAUCACUUUCUCAGUGUUAAUACUUUCUUGUUUGCAAUAUUUCAAUAGCAUUGACAACAGUGUCUUUCUCGACUGACUGGUACAACUCUGCAGUGGUUUUGCUCUGACUAGGAGAUAGUGCUAGAAGACCACCAGUUGGCUCCACUGAAAUUCAUCUUGUUGGAUGUAAUAAGAGUCCAAUCCUGCCUUCUAAGAAAUGUAACAUCCAUAUGAAACUUGUGGGUAAGAACAUAAGGGAACCAGAGGUGACAUAUCAGUGAUGCCUAACUCUUUUUAUCUUUGUCCUCGGAUCCAGGUGUGUCUGGAUUCUCUGAGCUGAUGUUUGAAGUUGGUGGUGGGCUAGAUGAGGUAGAAAAAGCUUAAGUGUAAUUAAGAUAUGAUGGGAGCUGAUAAUGGAUGAGCCAGUCAGCCUAGGAGCAGGUGGGUUGCCUCUUCUGGAGGGGGUUGCAGUUCCCUGUGAAUGAGUAGGUUUACAAUUUGGAAGUGCUCAAUACAGCUACUUUUCCAGCUGAUCGUUUGCUGGAGAAAAACUAGACAUUGCUAUACAUGCUGUAGUAACUUUAUGUAUACAGUCAUAACUUCAUAUGUCUAUCUAUCAUGAUUGCAGGCAGUUCCAAGCAGGAUUUGUGGGGCUCAGGAAUUAUAGGCCUAGGUCACAAAUGGCCAUAACUGCACCCAUGUCUGAUUACGAUGGAGCUUAAUCUCUUCACAUGUCCAGGAAGGCUGUUCUGAAAGCUUGUGUAAGGAACAUAAAAUCUGGUUCUUGGUGAAUUGGCCAGCUGCCACAUGUAAAAUACUACAUUUAGCAACUGAAUGUUGGUCUUUUUUGUAGCUAUUUAUUUAAAACUAGAGACUGCCUCAGUGCCCCAGGCUAAAUUCCAAGGAAAAAAACUGUUCAGUCAUAAUUGUUUGCAGUUUUAUUUCCAGAGUUGUUCUAAUUAAUUUCUAACACCUUAACUAGUAGUGUGCCAAUAACAGAUUUCCUCUGAUCUUCAUAGUUCUUUUAAUUCUGGUUCUCAUUUCUUCCUAAGUCAGCUUGUAUAGCUCAGUUGUUUAGAGCGUUAUGCUGAUAAUGCCAAGGUUGCAGGUUCAAUCCCUGUUUGGGACAGCUGCAUAGUCCUGCAUUGCAGGGGGUUCGACUAAAAUCCAACUCUACAAUUCUGUGAUUCCCUCCUGACUCAGCUUUCAUGGAAUUUGAUGCAGCAGUGUGCUACCUGUUGGAUGGGGCAUGAUGUGUAUGUACAUGUAGUGAAGGUUACUCUGUAACUAAUUAAAUGAAGUACAGGUAACUUGCAUCUUAUGCUUAUUAUACUGUACUUGAGUACAGCUUUAUGCUGAACACCAUUAAAUGCAUGGGGGGUGGGGAGGCAGAGUGAGGAAAAAAUGGCCAGCAAUCCGUCAGUCUUUGGGAGAGUGGUUGAGAGAGUAAUUGGAGUGUGGAGAGAGAGUGGAGGAGGUGGUUGAAGAGGUUGAAGAGAGAUUGGAGGAGGCCAGAGAGACUUGUGGAGGAGUUUGGAAAGACAUUGGGGUAGGUUGGAGUGUGGAGGAGGUACUUGGAGAGAGUUGCAGACUGCAGAACAGCCCCCAAACACAAGGUAUCAUUGUCAUCAGCUACUGAGAAACCAAAGAAGCAGAGGGUGGCUCCCAUGCUGGAAGAGAAAGUGGUUGUGCUGGACUAUUUGAAGGAUGGCAUGCCUAUGUGUGCUGCGGCAUGCAAAUAUGGACAGAACAAGUCCAGCCCCUGUGCCAUCAAGGUGUGUGAGAAGGAGAUUUGUGGGGAGAUUUGUGGCAGCAAGCACACCACUAACUGCAAAGGUGAGGAGCCAAGUGUGGGACAAGGCCUUGGUGAAGAUGGAGAAGGCAUUGAAGCUGUUGCUGGAAGACAUGAACUGUAAAUGUGUUCCUGUGGAGGGCAGCAUCUUGCUGCAAAAGGCUCUCAGUCUCUAUGACCACUUCAAACCUUCCACCACAGUUGUGGAAAGCCAGCCCAGUUUGGCAUAACAGCUUUAAGAUCCACUUCAACCUCAUGAAUGUCCAAAUGACUGGGGAAACUUCAUCUGCAGACAAGAGGCUACAAAAACAUACCACAUGCAACUAAAGAUGCUUGCUGUACAGGUCUCCUUCCUGUGGUUUGGCAAUCUAACAAAAAGGCCUGGGUGACUUUUCCAUAAUUUCUGGACUGGAAGGAACUGAGAGAGUCUCACCUGGAGUUUAAAGUGAUGCUGCUUGUGGAUACUGCUUCUGGGUAGCCCAAGGCCCUCUGCUUUGCACAUAGUGCCCAAUACGACUUCCCUCAUCGAGCGUCUGGAUCAUGGUGUGAUUCACUGCUUCAAGGUUGCUUACAUGAAGCUCACCUUCUCUUGGAUGAUCAAUGCGAUGGAUGCUGGAAGUCCUUCAAUAUUGCCCAUUGCGUCACCUACAUCAAACAGACAGUGAAUGCAAUCAGGGCUGAAACAGUGAAUGCAUACAGACAGAACAUGUAUGUGCAUGAUUUUGAGGGAUUUCCAAGCAUUGCCACUGAGCUUGAGGACAUUGUGCAGAUGGCCAGGCAAGUGGGUGGUGGUAGCUUUGUUGACCAUAUUUAGGGGAAAAGCUAAUUGGAGGCCAACAGGUAUUGACUGUUGAAGAGCUUGAGGAACUGGUCAGAUCAAGUUCAGAAUGUGAGGAUGAGGAUGGUGAGCAUGAGACAGCAAGCUGGAACCUGCAUAACUUCUUAUAAACUCUUUCAAGUAACAAAGCACGCAAAUGAUCUGAUUCCAGAGUUUGAUGCCUCCAUGGAAUGCAGCCUCAAUAUCAUCCGUGACAUUACAGCACUAGGAGACCAUAAAAGGAAAUGCCUGACAAACCCAAGAAACAACAGUGGCAGUUGCCAAUCACCAUGUUCCUGAUGAAGAAACUACCAGUAGCAGCAUUAGAUGAGCCCACACAAUCCACUUGUGGUUCUAAACCACAGUCAAGUACUUUUUCUUGUCAGCACUUAAUCCCCCAAAGCAUCAAUCAGCAAAGAAGAGGAGGAGGGAAACUAAGAGCUGCAUUUGUUCCUCAUUGGUAAGUGCAGCAAUGUUUUUUGAGGUUUCAAGAGGUUGCUCUGGCUUUACACAAUUUUGCUUAUACACUAAAUGACCAGGAGCAUAACCCUUGUGUAAGAUGCGAGUUACCUGUAUUACUACCUUUUACGUGAGGGAGAGCCAAAUGUGAAGUUCUAAGCUAGCACAUAGCACUGUAGGAUAUGAAGAAUUUACCAUCUUUUUGCAGUAUGUUUAUAAACAGAUUGUCAAAAGCAGUGCUACAAACUCUUCCCAGCAUUUUGUGUGUGCCCUUAGCACAAGUACCUAAACUCAUGAAAGUUUUAAUAAACCUUUUUGACACAAUAAUUGUAUUCUGUGCAAAUUCAUAAUUAGCAUUUUUUCUACAGGUACUCUAACAUUAAUACUGUGAUGCUAUAGAGUGUUUAUUCUCAUGAAAAUCCAUCCCUGAUAACUGAGGGGAAGCUGAACAGGUUUGGUACAGUGUUGUGGCGUGGUAGUACCAGCAGGUGGUGCUGAAAUCUAGGGAAGACCCAUAGCUGGUGCCCAGGGUAAUGUUUUAUUUAUGUUAGCUUCCACCCCCCCACCCCCCGAUUCAGGUGGAAUCGGAGGUGUUCAUUUACAAUGCUGCAGGAACUGCUUAAUCAUGCCUUUGCCUGUUUAUUUUCUCCCAAACUGUUCCAUUCUGUUAUGCGUUUUAAUAAGUUAGGUACACGCAUAAUAACAUACUAUGUGUGUUCUUCGUUUAUAAGAGAACUUGGAUGCCUCCAGUCACAAUUCCAAGUAUGAGCAUUGUAUCUUAUCAACAUCAUUCAUUGCUUCUUUCGUUCAUUCUUUUCAAACCCAAACAUUUAUUCCUUGCUCACACCAUUUACAGUUGAUUCAUAUUAUAUCAAGGGCAUUAAAUACAGAUUUACACUUGGAAGACAGUUUUUAUAGGGAAAAGAUACAGUGUUUAUACUUGGAAGCUUGACAGAAGGCAUUCAAGUUCUCUUGCAAAGGAACAACAUACAUACAUAUGACAAUAUUUGUCAUAGGGAAAAAUAUGUGUAAUACAGUUCCAGGGUGUGGUUAAUGCCUCUGUCUUAAAGAUGGCCUCCCUGGAUCAAGAGGUCUUAGAAAAUUACUGUCCCCUCUCUAGUAUUCCUUUCCUGAGCAAGGUGAUUGAGAUGGUGGUGGCAAGCCAGCUGCAGGUACACCUAAAGGAAGCAGAUUAUCUAAACCAGGGGUUGGCAACCUAAGGCCCAUGGGCCACAAGCAGCCCACGGGGGUUGUUUUACCAGUUCACGAGCUGCCCCUGAACCAAGCCGCCCGCUCAACGAGUCCCCGCGCAUUGCACUAAACUGGCACAGUGCAGUGCCACAAAUCGCAUUGACAAGACGCUGGAAAACACGUCUGCGCAGAUGCUGGAAAUUGUGGGCGUGGGUGCUCAUGUGCACCCAUGAUCCGGACCAUGGAGGGAUGAGGCCAGAGAAAAUAGUUUGCUCAAUCCAGCUUCACAUGGUACUUAAAAGGUAAGAGAAGACAGAAAGCGCUGUCCUUAAUACCUUGUUUUAUCAUAAAUCUUGCAGACUUCUAGGCUGCGGAAAUACUCCAAUAAUGGGUAACUAUUGUGCUAUUACAUCAUCUAGCACAGUAAUUUUCGAUGUUUACUGUAACAGCCUAGGAAAAGGCAUACCUUACCCAACCAAAGAUGCUGUGGGUGGAACACAUUUUUUAUGCUGACAAAGUCCCACUCAGUUUAUACUCGAUUGAGGGUCCCUGUCGGCAGCUGUCGGUGGCUGUCAGUGGAGGAGGAGGAACAAGCAGCCUGAAAGCAGCCCUUUUGGGCUGCUCCUUCCUCCUCCUCCUCCACCUUUGCCGCUGUCGGCAGUGGAGGAGGACUGUAUACUGUCAAACAGGUGGAGGUUGUGAAAUUCACCUCAGAGAGGCAGAUCUUGCACAGAGCAGGUCUCUGGGGCCAUGGCCUUUUCAUUGCCUACCCCAUUAGCUGGUAGUUGAAAUCCGGGCACCAUAAUGGGUGUCUCCCAUAUAUUUAUUAUUUAAACUUAAGUGCUUAGAAGACUUCAAAGGGGAUAUAUUUGGUCUACUUCCCACGUUACUCCUCCUGGAGCUGAAUCUAGAAGUCAUUCAUACAAAAUCAGAAAGUGGAAUUUUUUUUGCAAGUAUUUGAGUCAUACAAUGGUGUACUAAGCUGCUCCUGAAUUCUGGGCACACCACUAUCUGUCUCUCAAUGAGAUGUGAGUAAGUAUUCUACCCUUCCCCACACACAUUAUAAUUUUACUCAAAGGAUGCAUAAAAUCCAAGCCAAAGUUUGACAUUGGCUUGAAUCAAAAGUAAUCCAUAUACCUAGGUUUAUUUAUGUUUGUUUAUUUCACAGCUAGAUUGCAAUAAAACCUCCAAGUGGUUUACAGUAAGAAUUAUCAGUAAAGAAAAUAGUUAAAAACAACUAUUUAAAACAUUAAAAAAAAAUUCAAUUCAAUUACGGUAUAUGCUUAAAAGCCAGGUUAAAGUGCAUGUCAACAUUUUACAUAUUGGAUAGGUUUGCCUAAACGAAAAUAUUUUUAGCAGGCACCAAAAAGAGUGCAGUGAAGGUUCCUUGCCACUAGGAACAGUUGCAGUUUUGAAGCAUUACAAAGAUUUUGCACAAAGUCCAACAUUAACUGACGUGGACUUUUAUUGUCUAAAGCAAGUGCAGACAAUGUGAUACCCUCCUGAAGUUGUUCAACUAUAAUUCCCAUCAGUCCCAGUCAGCAUGGCCAGUGGUGAGGGUUGAUGAGUGUUGUAGUCUAUCAACAUCUGGAGAGCAUUGUGUUUGGCUACCUGUGGUCUUAGCAUUCUUACUGAAGAAAAUUGGUAGGCAUGACACUGUAGCACUUGGCAGCUUCCAGGCAGGAGGAUAAUAAGCCAAUCCUAAAUGUAGUUGUCACUGUCUCCUUGUUUCAUGCGGAUGAUUGAACGUGUGUGUGUUUGUGUGUGUGUGUGUGUGUGUGUGUGUGUGUGUGUGUGUGUGUAGUGGGGAUGGUUGAGUUUACCUUCAGUGAAAUGCAGGCAAGAUUAUUUGAAAACAGUGCGAGUGGCUGUUACUAAUAUUGUGUGUCCAAGGCUCUGAGUCUCAUGUGCAUAUCUCUCAGAACAGAAGAGAGCCCAGGGUUGGGAUUAACCUUGGCAGCCAUGUUCUGAGGUGAUUAUUUAGCAGGUCAACCAUGAACCCCAAACUGAGAUGCUAGGCCCUGCAGCAUGCUGCAGAGCCUAGCCAAGGGUAUGACAGCUCACUUUCUGGCUUGUAGUGAGAAGGGGGAGGCCCUGUAUUUUUAGAAGGGGGAAAGAAACUAAAAUAUUUCUUGCAUUAUAGUACUACCAACCCCAGGGUACUUCACAUUCAGCUGAGCAGCGACAGCAGUCUGCAAGAGCUUGGCAAGGGAGGGAGAGCUAAGCACUCAGCCAGACAGGCUGCUUACAAGCCCAGUAUGAGCACCUUCUGGCCUUGACACAUUUUGGUCUUUCUGCUUCCUCACUGAGCUGAGUGACCUUCUGCCCUUGGCAAAUUUCCAGUUGGGUCAGCCAGAUCCAAUAAAUUCCAAGCUGGUCAAAAGGUACCAUGGCCCUAAAUGGGCUCUGCCGUAGCUGAUUUUCAGGCACACGCCCCUUUGUGGCCUCACAUGCUCAAUGCCCACGUCUUGGAUUGAGAGCCACAGCUCUGGUGUCUGCACUCAUCCAUGUUGAGCAGCUGGGCAGAGAGCAUGCCAGGUCAGCCAAGGGAGGGUUACGCCUCUCGGGCUCUGCAGCCGCUUGGAUUAAGGGGCUAUGCGGAUUUACUCUCUGCUCUUGCUUCAAUUCCUCUCCCUCCGACGUUCUGUAUAGGGAACAUGCAAGCAAUGCAGAGCAAACUAGGUCAUUGCAAAGGGACUUUGUGCAUCUGUGAGAUCCUCUGGGGGAGGCUGCUGGCUCUCCCGGCUCCCAGCUUCUGCUUGUAGCAUUUUUGCCUCCCUUACCAAGUCGCACUGCUGCCUCCCCUGGAUCUUGAAAAGGGAUGUGAUUAGCACAGGCAGCAGAUGGGGAAUUUCCGUGAGCUCCAAAUGGCUCCUCUUGACAAGGGCUUCGCUGAUACUAUUCCAGUGCCCAGUUCUCCUCCUCCUCCCGGACAGACAGAUUCUGCAAGAAGCAACUUCCUGCUGGUUUGAACCUCAGGCACCAGGGUCUGCAGCAGGACAUGGAACUUAGGCUGCCUCUACCCUUCAUCUCUGGAUUUAGUUGCUGUUCUCCCCUCGGCCUGGCAGAGCCAUGGAUUUACAGAUCAAGCUGGCUAUGAUUCCCCAGCAUGAAUACAGGGAACAAAUCCAUAACCAUCCAUCUGUCCAAUGGCAUUAAUUUCAGCAUGUACAUGUAUCAGGUAAGCAGGAUACCCCUUGCAGUGUCUGCCCACCAUAGCUUUUCACCUUUUCUUGGUAGAUGGAAAUACUCCAGGCUCUUAAAGCAAGUGUUGAGGCCUGUCCAAACCUCCACAAGCAGCUGCUUUUCUUCUAGUUCUACUUCUUUCAGGAGUUGUGUUGCCUAUAGGCAUGAACUUCUGUUCAUAUUUGUUUCUGUUAAGAAAUGGAGUAUCAGUGCCAUAGGCUACUCCAAAUGUCUUGAGGGGGAGAGGGGGAAAGAGCAGUUUUUUUCCCUUUAAAAAUGUUUAGGGGUACUCUCACUUUCCUAUUCAUAUAGAAAUACUGCUCCUCAAUAAGGCCAAACAUAGAUUCACAAAAUGUUUAGGGGUAUGUGUCCCCCCAUGUCCCCCCAGAAAAGAAGCACUGGGAAAGAGUAUUGGGCACAGUUAGUGCUGUCAGGUGAUUCCCCUGACAGAUAAGACAAAGAAUAUUUCCUAGAGAGUUGCGUGGAGCAGAGAUUUCCUACCAAGCUGAACCCUUAUAUGAAAAGUUCAUUGAGUACAAACAAAAGAGCAGUUGACCUUUGGGAGCUUCUGAUUUAUAGUGAUCUGUUUACCGUAACAUGCUUGAACAACAGAGACCUGCAGGUUUGGAACUUAGAAGUGGGAAACGCCUAAGUAUGAACAUAUAGCCUGUUGGUUUUCCCCUGCUGUUUGAAGCUACUUUGUGAGCUGCCCACUGUACAUCAUGGUAAAAUGGCUAGUUCUUUGCUCUAUUUUGAAGGGUCCAUGUGAACUAAGGUCAUACUUUCAAAGGGCUGAAGUUUUUCCUUCCUGGUGGACCAUAGGUGAUUUACCUUUUUGGGAACUAAUUGCCAUAGCCCCAAAGGCACUUCCCCAAGCCCACUAUGAGGGCUGAGAAAUUCUCAGGGAGUCUAUAGUCACCAGACUCCUAGAAUUUUGAUUGGUAGCACCAUGGAACUGGACAAAACACAUGGCAUGCAUGUGGGACUGAUACCUAAAAAUUCACGCCUAUCAAAAAAUGUGUGAAAUUUUGUUUUCCACCCUCAAACCUGCCUACUCCUUCCUUUCAUUUCUGUCUUUAUGUAUGCAUACCUCUCAGGCAGCCUGUGAACAGACAAUACAUUUUCCUUCAGGAGCACGACCAGUGUUGCUGCUGCAACGUAUUUGUAUUUAUUUUCCUGUGACCAUCCUGGGCAUCUAUUGGAUAUGCCCAAGAGAAAUAAUAAAGUCUCUUUACCUGCUCUAUAUGCUUGACUAGUUUUGGAAUUAGGCUGUGAUUAGCAUCAUGGAUUGUACCUAGCAGUCUCAUUUUUAUUCUCCCCUGAUAUCUCUCAGAAAGGUGACUGCAUAAUGGUCUACCUUACAUCUUGUCAUUUUCUAGCCCGACCUAGCGGCUUUCCCCCUGACAGUGGGAUUGUAGGAUUGUAGGAAAAACCAAUCUUUUAAAAGGGAAUUAGACCAAUGCAUUUACAAUAAAGCUACUAGUCAUAGCAGCUACAAGCAGCCUUCACAGAGCCAGCAGACAUCUGAAUACCAGUUGCUGGGGACUAACCAUGGAAAAGAACUAUUGCCCUUAUGUCCUGCUUGUGGUCUUCCCCUGAGUAUCUGGCUGCAUAAUGUGGGAAGCACAAUGCUGGACUAGAUAGGCCUUUGGUCUGAUCCAUCAGGAGAUGGGUUCCUUAAGUCCAAUACUGAUUCAUUUGGACAUUCUUUUUUCUUCUUUAAAAUUCUCCUAUGUGCACACUGGACUAAUUAUUAUCUGUGAUGCAGUUAAUAACACUGAUUGCUUCUGUAUCUGUUUUGAUCCACUAUUCCUGGCACAAACAGUUAUUCCAAUUAGAUGCCAAAAAUGUGACUUACAUCCUAAAUGGACCCAAUUCAUUCCUUGAACUCUGAGGCAAAUCAGUAGGGAAAAGAAGAAUUGUCCUUGUAUCUGAAAAAAUGUUCCACAUUCUCAGUCAUUGCUGUGUUUGGCUCUUCUGAUAUUAAGAAAAUCACUUUACAUAAUUGAUAUGCUCUUAACAUUUAAAAUCACAAGUUCUUUUGUUUUUGCUCAAACAGUUGAGGUGUGACAGAUACCCCUUAAGGUAGCCUGUGCCAUAUCCACUUAAGGCUUUAAAAUUAAACUUGAUACCUUCAGCUACACCGGGAAGCAAACGAGAAGCAAGUAUAGGUUUUAAAUCUCUGAUAUAAAAUGCGUCCAAUAAUUCAUUGCUUUCGAAUACUUGAACAAUCACAUUUGGUGUCUUCUGACGUUUCUCAGUAGUCUUAAGUUUUUAAGAGUUCUUAAUUGAGCCAAGAUUAGGCAUCCGUGUUUCACUUUCUAAUCCAUUUAUAGGUGUCCCUGCCUAAUCUGGAAAGCUUAUGGCUAUGCAAUUUACCAUCCAAGGGUUGAGAGAAAAGGUCUGGUAAGGUCUAAUCUAAAAUGUCUGUUGGAAAAAGUAUAAGCUUAUAAGGGAUUUCAGUAACUUGAGGAUGAAGGACUUGUUAAACUUGUCCACAAGACAACCAUUUUCUAACAUGGUUCCAAAGUGACUAGGCAACAUAGGACUGAAAGGUAGUAUUUAGCUUAACAUUAGAAUAAAUCUCCCAAAUCUUCAUCUAAUUGAAUGAAAGCUCAUGCCAUAAUAAACCAGUUAAUCUCUAAAAGCUGCAGCCUUUUUGUUUUCUUGCUUCUAUGCUAGGCGAUUAGAACAUCCUGCCUGAGGAUACUGUAGAGACAUUCUUCCUCAGUGGGAUCAUUCCAUAUCAAGUGAUCCAACUUUUAAAUCUCAUGUCAUCUAAUUUUCUUAAUAUUUUGUACAUUUGUUGAAUGAUCAAAUCUAAGUUAAAAUCUAAAAUUUUAAUUUUUUAUCUCAUCCUGUUUUUGAGUUAUGAAGGUUUGAAAUUUCAGAAAUUUGACAAUUUUGGCCUUCCCAGACCUACACAAAAACCUUAAAAGUUUAGCCCAAGAUUGAGAUAUGUCAGGACCUAAAAAACAAAUCUUUCAGAACUUCAUGGGCCUAAAUAUAUGUCAUAUGAUGAACUCACUCUAAAAUUUAAAUUUAAGUUACAAAAUUUUAAAGUGAUGAAAAAAAGUAAUAUGAUUUUAAAAUUCCAAAAAACUUGUACAGUAUUGAUCAUUUAAUAUUUCUAAGAGCUACCUGCAGAAUUUCAUCCUGGGAUCUCAGUGGGAUCACGUUACAAAAAAAAAUAAAAAAUUGUUAAUACACGUCUGCCUUAUUGGGUUCUAUUUAGGAUAAAUGGGUCUUCUCCAAGAAAUAUAUAACAGAAUAAACAAGGCCACAACCAUAAUAUUAGUUGCUUCAGGCAUUUCAUCAUAAAGUUAUUUUAUUAAAAGGUGUCUGAAAAGCUAGUCAGGCUUUUCUUUUAAAAAUGUGUUCCAAAGCUGAGUGAUAGCUUGCUAUUGCAUGAUAGAAUUAACACUUUGAAAGAAUUAUUGUUAGUAGUUUAUUUCAUGAAGCACAACAAAAUACAUAUCAAGCAAAAUUAUGACACAGCUGGAACUGUUUAACUGGUGCUGAGAUAACAUCCCUUCUAUCCAGUUCUUAUUUUCAACAAAUGAGGAGUACAGAAAAGAAGAAAUGUUCCUGAAAGACGCUUUGAAAGAGUGAAAGUGAUCAGGGGAACACAAGGAUUUCAUUGCUACAUUUCAUCCAACAGAAAUUGUGACCAAUGUGUACUCUUUUAGCAAUGAGAGUGAGAAGUUUGACAGUGAAGGAGGUAUAAAAUCUCUGGAUAUGACUGAGAUAACUGGGUAUGUGACCUGUGAAUACAAUAAAACACGUUGCUUAACUUAGAUGCUGUUGGUGGACUAUGAAAGUGAAGAAGCAACUGUGACCUCCUUACACCUGCCAGGGCCAGCAUCAUCAUUUGUUUACCCAUCUAGUCAGGAUGUACUUUAGGUAGGGCGAGCACAAGUUCCAACAAGCGUUGAACCAAGGACUGCAACUGGCCGCACUCACACUUUGACAAAAAAUGAAACGUGCAACCAAUGCUCUUGAAAAGUGUUUGGUGUAAAGUAUAAAUAAUGUUUUCAGCCCCAUUUAAUGUGUAAGAGUCCCUCCCUCUAAUUUUGUUUGAUAUGCAUUUUGUUGUAGCUCUUAUAAACAUUAAUUAAUACAUUUUCAAAAAUUAUAUUAAUUUUAAAAAUCGCCUUCUAAAUUUUUAAAUUUUGUAACUUACAUUUUAUAUUUUGAGUAAUUCCACCAUGUGACAAAUCAUUUGAAGGUCCUAGUCCAACGCUUUAACCACUUUAAGCACAUAGCUCAUUUUCAGGCAUGAAGGCAAUCAGUAGCAAGCAACAUUCCUAUAGGUGGCGGUGCAGUCUCUUGAACCUAAAGAUAAAUGCAACUGAAUUUAAGGAAAUGCUUAUUUAACUUAAAAAAAAAAGUUAUUAGCCAAAAAGUAAAGUACAAGUCAGAUGCUCUACAUGCACUAGUGUCUGAUCACAGGGUUGAUGAUUAGGGCAAUUUUCAUUUUGGCUACAGGAAUUUUUUCAUGAACAACUCUUUGACGGUUUAAACAUACAGUGGUGCCCCGCAAGACGAAUGCCUCGCAAGACGAAAAGAGUUUUCCGUUUUUUGAGUCGUUCCGCAAGACGAAUUUCCCUAUGGGCUUGCUUCGCAAGACGAAACGUCUUGCGAGUUCUUGCGAGUUUGUUUCCUUUUUCUUAAAGCUGCUAAGCCGUUAAUAGCCGCUAAGCCGUUAAUAGCCGCUAAGCCGCUAAUAGCCGCUAAGCCGCUAAUAGCCGUGCUUCGCAAGACGAAAAAACCGCAAGACGAAGAGACUCGCGGAACGGAUUAAUUUCGUCUUGCGAGGCACCACUGUACAAGUUGCACAGUCUUUCUGUUGCCAUGCAAGGCCCAGAGAAAGAGUUUGAAGUAAAAUUUGUCACUUGCCUUAAUCCCUUUGUGUAUACAUCCUUACCAAAUUUGGACUUCAGAAAAAAGGUGUGAAAACAUUUUUCUUUCUUUCUCCUCUUCCCCCUCCCAGUUCACAAGGAGACUUCACAUUCCCAGAAAUUAAGAUGAUACAAGAUGGGAUAUUGAUCAGUUAGGGGACAUGUUUGUCUGUUAGACUAAAUCUUAAAAGCAAGCAUGCAACAUUCCAUCACACUUAGGGUAAAGAAACAGAAACCAGGAUAUGGUUAUGCAGGAAGGAGUAUGGUUUAUAUACAGUAUGUGUGGUGUCACUAGGGAGGAAAUGUAAAGCACUGCAUUUGAGUGGGGAGGGAAGAUUAGAGCACCAACACAUUGCUGGAGAAGAGAAGGGAUUCAAGGGAAUAGUUGGGGUAGUGUUCAGGGGAGAAAGCCAAGGGUGGUGGUGGGAGUGCCAGAGAGAUGCAACAAAAGGGGCAGGGGAUAAAGAGAAUGAGAACCAGGAUGUAUUGGAUGGGCAUAAAGAAGAGAGUCCUGGUAAGAGUUCUAGGUUGUAUUGAGGGCAGGAUAGAGCUGAGUUGAAGGGAUGGGGAGAAUGAUGGAGGAUGCAGCUAAAAUCUCUCCCUUCCCCCCAUGACAUUUCACAGUCAUUUGCUAGCUGGCAAAACACAGGGCAUUUUUAAUUUAGAUCCAUAACAUCACAGAUCUAGCUCCAUCAACAACUAUUCUAGGGAUGUUUCUGCAGUUGCCAUUAUAUGCAAUCAAGAAAAGAGACUUAGCAUUUCAAAAGGAUUCUAAAAUGUCUCAAAAUACCUGCUACUCCUAGAUUUGUCAAGACUUGGAUGCAAGCUUUUCCUGUGCCAUGGAUUCCUCAAGAUGGCAUUGGGAAAACAGUUACAGGGACAUGAGAAGAGCCUUACAGAAUCAGAACAAAGGCCUGCUAGUCCUUUAAUGCUGUAUAUGGUUUAGGAUGCAGGUAUUUGAAGUAUUACAAGGUGAAGUUUACUAAAUGGCAUUGAACAGAAGUGUUAGUGGUAAAGAAUGUAUAGUUCAUUGCCAUCACCAUUGCAAUGUACCUUUACAUAGGUUUGUGGUUGGUCAGAUUUGUCAUGGGUUUUUCUCCGUUUGUGUUCAUAUUGUCUUCCCAACUGACUCAUCACUACCAGCUAGUGAGAUGACGUGUGUGAGUAACCAUGUCUUCAGCAUGAGAUACUCCAGAUUUUAAAGAUCCACUACAGGAGCCUUCUUCCCAAUGUUCUAGAUCAGGCAUGUACAACAGGUCGAUCGCAACUCUGGGCAAUGACACUGGGUAGAUCACUGUCAGUUUUUUUAUACUGGGAGUAGAUCGCAGUCUCUUGGGAGUUGGAUAUGCCUGUUCUAGAUAACAAUUCAUUUCAUUCCUGACCAUUGGUUGCUCUGGCCGGGGCUGUUUAGAGUUGGAGUCCAACAACAGCUGGAGGGAACCAGGUUGGGAAAGGCUGCUUUCACAGAACUUCCAGCCAUGUUAGCUAGUACGUCCUCCAGAAUUAUAGAAAAUGAUCAAGAUCCAUCAAAAUCCAGUGUUUUAUUUAUCAAUACCUUGAUGGGAAACCACUGGAAAUGUAAUGAAAGCUGUUUGGGCAGCAGUUCACUUGUUUAAGAAAUGCACAUGAAUACCAUUGGAGAAGGGGCUGAAAAUGUACCCUGCUUCUCAGUGGCAUGCGGUGAACUCUUUUCAUAGGGGACAGUUAGGGCCAGAGGCACCAGUAUGUGAGGCCGAUUCAGGGGGUCAAUGUCCUGAUGCCCCACGUGUGGGCAUCACACCUUCCUCCUUAAUCUGGGCAGAAGCUUCCUGGGCUUUGGAAAGGAAGCACCAGGCCUCUGACAGGAUGCUGGAGCCCUGCUGCCUCAUUCCCAAAGCUGGACAGGCUUUGAGAAGGUGGCUGGAGGGCCCUGCACCUCAUCCGAGAAUCACACCUCCCUCCCUAAGCUGGGCAGAAGCUUCCUGGACUUUGGGAAGGAGGCACUAGGCUUUAAUAGUCUAAUAUACCAAGAACAUUUAGCCUAGUCCCCCUAGUCCAUUGACCACACACCACUGCUGCUUCUACUGACCCAGCGUUGAGAAGCAAGUCUGCUCCUGUAUCUAGCCCAGCGCCUUCGUUUAUAUAGUUUCUUUCUGGAUUCUGUUUCUUGGUCACUCUAAAAAUCUGCUGGAAUGUUGUGAAUUGGAUUUUCUACAUAUGCAGAUGAUGAAAUCUUAGACUAAUUUCUACUCUUGAAAGUCAGGAAUAUUAAAAUUAACAUGAAGCUUAUUGGAUCCUUUCCGAUUAACUUGUCUGAAUCCUUUUACAGACUGCCACAUCUAAUAUGCAUGUAUUCAAGCUAGGCCUCUAGUGUCUCAGUGAAAAAUCAACAUGCACACAGGAAUUUUUCUCCUACUACUACAGUAUCUUAAUUUGUAUGCCAAACUACAAAGCAGUGAUAAUUCAGGAUGACUGCAUAAAUGCUGUUCACUUGUUUGCAUUCUGAAGCUCAGGAAACAUAGCGACAGGCCCACUCGGUUCCCUUCAAGCUAUUUCAAAUGCUUCAUCAAGUGGGUGGGUGGGCUCCCGGCACAGUUCUUAUUUUGGUUGCCUGUUUUGAACUCUACUUGGUUCAGCCUUGCCCUUUCAGAAGUAAUCCCUGCAGCUGUUAGAAUUUACCAAUUGGAAUUUACUUUUGUAAGACCUCCAGUUUAGAGAAGGGACAAUGAGGAAGGGCUGGCUGGCUGGGAAGUGUCUGCUGUUAUUUUAAUUUCCCUAGCCGCCUGCCUUAACUACCUGCUUUGUUGUGCAUAUCUUUGUGUUGCCAGGGAGGUUCUACACCCCUAGCACAGACAUAAUCACUGCAGCUUCUGUAACAAAUGAGUCCAUGUAUGUCCCUGUUGUUAUAAAAAGCAAAACAGUAGUUAUUGAAUACUGUUGUGGGAAACAUACUUCAGGCUCAUUGUGAAGAUUGCAUUGACGGGCACCUUUGACGUUGCUCCCUGGCUGAGACAACAAUACUUUGACUUCCGUUUUUUUAGAUGUGUAGCCUGCCUCAUACCAAAUGCUCAGGGUAAAUAACAGUAUUUGUGUUUUAAAUAGUUCAGAUAUUGUUACUUGCUAGAAUUAUUUCUACAAGGCAUUGGGUAUAGCAGAAAAAGUGAAGAAAAUCUAUUGAACACAGUGGUAGACAAGUGAUAACCUGCCUCACUGCCCUACUUCAUCCUGUCUUAGGGUAUUUUGAGACAGGUUUAGCCUUUCAUUGGUUCUAAUUAAUGCAAGGCUCAUUGGUGUGUGACCCACACCAGUUCCUUAGGGAUGCUGCGUGGAGUAUGUGUGUAUCAGAAGUAUCAAUAAUCUAUAAAGAAACAUUGACUAAGAAGUUAUCUGAUGCUGAAUGCAUAGAUCUUUAGAGGGCCAAGAUAAACAAGGAAUUCUCCUUUACACAAACACCUUCAUGACUGAGAUAGUUUGUAUUAAAACUAUUUUACCCUACCUAAAGACCCCCCAAGCUUACGACUCUUGGAAGCUGAAAUUAUUUCAGGAAAAGUCCAAAAUGGAAGCAAAAGCUAAUCUGAAAGGAAACAGUAAGAAGUGCCUGCAAAUUUCUUUGUUGUGUUUAGUUUUAUGAUGUCUGAGUUCUACUGCUAAAAAAGUAGAUGCCCACAUUGCUUAUUUUUAAAGAGGGUAUUCUGAAUUUUGCUGGAUGUGGGAGAAAAACAAAACAAAAAACUGUAUAUCUGCACUACUGUGAUUCACAUAUGGCAGCAGCUGGCAUGUAAGUCUCAAGCUGUUUUCUGUCCAGAAGAUACACUUGAUUGCUGGCAUGUUGCACUGCCUUAACUGAUUGGAAUGAAAUGCUUUACCUGCUGUUUCUACUUUCUUUAAUUGGUACCAAGGGGAGUAGGUGAGAAUCUCUUACCCAGGGGAGAACUUCUGGUGGAACCAGUACUGCCUUAUUAGAAUGCAUUGGGGUGGCAGUUUUGAUAUUGGCUUUGCAGAUACAUAAGCUGGCUGGGUGACAGAUUAGUCUGAAUAUCAUUUAUUAUACAGUGGUACCUUGGGUUACAAAGGCUUUGGGUUACAAACACUUCGGGUUACAAACUCCACUAACCUGGAAGUAGUACCUCGGGUUGCAAACUUUGCCCCAGGAUGAGAACGGAAAUCGUGCGGCAGCAGGAGGCCCCAUUAGCGAAAGGUUAAAAAUGGUUUUGGGUUAAGAACGGACCUCCGGAAUGAAUUAAGUUUGUAACCCGAGGUACCACUGUAUUUCAAAGUACUGUAAUUCACUAAACAGAACCUUUGCUUACCUUUGAAGUGUCACAAAAACCCACCAAGGAGUCCCAGAAUGAAAAGUUGUAAUGCUUUUCUGUUGUUGUUAAUUCUGAUGGUUGUUUUGAUGACUUUCAUCCUCUUUUGUGUGACAGCCCAUUUUUGGUAAUACAAGGGGAUCCUCUUGGGUGCAUGUGAUGCAACCAUGUUUUUUCAUGCAGAUGCUUCUUUUUCUUCAUAAAAAAGCUAACUUAAAGCUGGGGAAUCUGAGGAAACCUGGCUCCGCAUGAUUGUAAAAAUGUGAUUGCUUUGCAGGAAUUUGCAACACUGACUAGGGAACUCAAUGCAUGCCGAGAGCAGCUGUUGGAAAGGGAAGAGGAAAUAUCUGAACUGAAAGCAGAGCGUAAUAAUACAAGGGUGAGUAGAGAAGCCCAGUUGGCUGCCUGGUUUGAAAGAAACACCCCCUCCACCUUCAAAGGGAGCAUUUUUUAAAACAAUCAAGCUGUGUAUAAAUUUUAUGAAACAAACACAAAUAGAUAAAAAUACUUGGUUUGACCUAGGCUCAAGGUAUGCCAGUUCAAGUUGUCAAGUUGUAUCCAGUUUGCCCUCUCAAUAAGGUUUAACAGGAUAGAAGGCUUUUUUUAUGGAAUUUCCCACCCAGUGAAUAGAGUUUGAUAGGAGACUUGUAUUCUUGAUUGAAUGGGGAGGGUUUAGCAUAAUCUCUGUAAAAUCCAAUUUAAUUUCUAUAGAAUGUUGCUGUUUUUUUAUUCUUAUUCCAGUACAGCUUAUGUUUAUGCCUGCAGAGACCAUUCAGUCCUCUGUCACAACUAUCUUUGCCCUACAUCUCAACAAUCCUGAGCCUCCAGGUGUGCUAAGAAACCUCAACCUGCAGCAUCCCCAUUGCUAGUGUGCAGAUUUAAACUUGCCCCUUCUAGGGAAAUAGCUUUGUGUACACUUCCAGAAUUUGCCUGUUACUGGACCAUUUCUGCAUAGCACCCACCCUUUACUGUUCAGAUGCUUUUUCUGGCAUGCUCUUGAACUGCUGCAGAAAUCAAGUUUUGUGAUAGCCCUAGGUCUGGGAUUAUAAGGGAAGGGCAAAUCCUUGACGGGCAAAAAGCCCCUGCUGAUUGCUAUAUUCGACUGUUUUUGCCUGCUGAACCCACAUCUCACUGCAUCACCUUUUUUUUUUUUGGAACAAAUGUGAACAUCACUGAUUAGAUUCUUGAAGCAGGUAGGUAGCCGUGUUGGUCUGACACAGUAUAUAUAUAUAUAUAUAUAUAUAUAUAUAUAUAUAUAAAAUUGUCCAGUAGCACUUUAGAGACCAACUAAGUUUGUUCUUGGAAAAGUGUGCAUGCACUCGAAAGCUUAUACCAAGUUGGUCUCUAAGGUGCUACUGGCCUAAAAAUAUAUACCGUAUUUUUUGCUCUAUAGGACGCACUUUUUCCCCUUCAAAAAUGAAGGGGUAAUGUGUGUGCGUCCUAUGGAGCGAAGAUGCCAUAGCCCCGCGCGCGCUCUCCCGGCUGGAGAGGUGACACGCGGCUUUAGAGGCUCCUGCCAUAGCCGCGCGUCACCUCACCAGCCGGGACAGCGUGCGCGGGGCUAAAGAAGCCAUAGCCCCGCGACCCUCUCCCAGCUGGAGAGGUGACGCAUGGCUAUGGCAGGAGCCUCUAUAGCCGCGUGUCACCUCUCCAGCCAGGAGAGCACUCGCGGGGCUAAAGAAGCACCCCGCGACCCUCUCCCGGCUGGAGAGGUGACGCGUGGCUAUGGCAGGAGCCUCUAUAGCCGCGCGUCACCUCUGUAGCCGGGAGAGCGCGCGCGGGGCUAAAGAAGCCCCCCGCGACCCUCUCCCGGCUGGAGAGGUGAUGCGCGGCUAUGGCAGGAGCCUCUACAGCCCCGUGUCACCUCUGUAGCCGGGAGAGCGCGCGCGGGGCUAAAGAAGCCAUAGCCCCGCGACCCUCUCCCGGCUGGAGAGGUGACGCGCGGCUAUGGCAGGAGCCUCUAUAGCCGCGCGUCACCUCCCCAGCCGGGAGAGCGCGCGCGGGGCUAAAGAAGCCAUAGCCCUACGACCCUCUCCCGGCUGGAGAGGUGACGCGCGGCUAUGGCAGGAGCCUCUCCGCUGCACCUUUCCGUUGCUCCCUGACCUGCUCUUUGGGGCUUGUGGUGGGCUUCCCCCCGCCAGCCCCAAAGAGCAGGUCGAGGAACCUGAAGCCUGGAGAGCGAGAGGGUCAGUGCACACCGACCCCUCUCGCUCUCCAGGCUUCCAAGGUAGCCGCCUGAACGCACCUUAAACGGCACCUUGUUUUAGAGCAGGAAAACAAGAGGGGGAAAGUUCUCCCCCUCUCUGUGCAGCGCCUCCUGCUGCUUCACUGAAGGGGCGCUGGGCAGAGAGGGGGAAUUUUUUUUUUCCUUGUUCUCCCCCCUCUAAAACAAAGUGCGUCCUAUUGUCCGGUGCGUCCUAUGGUGCGAAAAAUACGGUAUACACACACACACACACACACACACACAUUCUUGAAAGAAGAAGUUGGUUGUCUGUAAGCCAGUAGGUAUUAUAUGCAUCUACCACAUAACAUUUAUUAAUUUAGCUGUAGUAAUCCAAGACAUGGAAUCUUACUCAUCGGACACUGGCAGAAAUAAUGUUUUGUUACUUAACAAAGUGAUCUAUGUAACAUAUUUUGUAUGCUGAUAUUCUUUAAUGACAUACAUCACACUUGUUCCGAAUGUACAUCAUUAGUUUAGUUUAAAGCAGCUUGCUGCUGAUGUUAGCAGGAGAUAGCUGUUUUUAAGAGAAAUGAAAAUGACUUGAGAAUGCAUUGCUUCCUAUGAUGUGUACAUACAUAUUUUGGUUCAACUUUUGCUUGUGGUACAACAGGGUGUUUUUUAUUAUUAUUACAAAAACCUGAUUAUCUGAGGCAAAAGUGACAAGGGAGUCUCUUUCAAAAUGCUUUCAGCUCUGAAAAAAAAGUCAUUUGUGUCAUCAUAGUUUUGUUUGAGCAAUGUGUUUAUGAGUGCUUUUUGUUAGAGAUCCUGGCAAAGUUAUUUCAAGUCAUGCUCAUGGCAGAAAUUGCCUGCUAGUAAAACUUGGCUACUUUUUUUGGGGUUACACUCUAAUAUUUGUUUUUGCUAUACUCUGAAAUCAACAAGAGGACAGAUAAAGCCUUUUCUUACCUCGCAUUGACUUUGAAUGAGAAAUGUCUAGAGCUGUUCCUUGCCUUGCAGCUUUUGUUAGAGCACCUGGAGUGCCUGGUCUCAAGACACGAACGCUCCCUGAGGAUGACUGUGGUGAAGCGGCAAGCUCAGUCUCCUUCUGGUGUCUCCAGUGAAGUUGAAGUUCUAAAAGCAUUGAAAUCUUUGUUUGAACAUCAUAAAGCAUUGGAUGAGAAGGUAAGGCUGUUUUGGGAAGUGACAGCAUAGCUUCAGCAAAACCAGCUAUUUAUAACCCACGACCUUUAAGUUCCUGGUCUCUAAUGGCCCAAAGUAUUGCUUUUGGUCAGUGCUAUCCUGCAGAUCUCUCAUCAACUUUCUGGUUAUGAGUAAUUUCCAGCCUGAGCCAAUCAUUUGCCCUUUGAAGAAUGGUCCCAAAAAUUACUGUUUUGUAUCCUAGAAAUAUGUUAGCAGGAUUGAAUCUGUGCCAGUGCUCCUUUGAAGGAGUAUUCCGGCCUUCCACUCUCCCAACCCCAGUUCAGCUCUACACCCAGUGAUAUUGUUAUAUGGUGUUAGUGUAGUAGCUCUUCCAGGUCAGGCAGAUCUCUGCUGAGAUCCUUUUACGUUUAUUCUAAUUGGCAGGUUAACUCAAGAUUCCAGGCUUUAGCCCGCUUCAUCAUACCUAGUGUUUCUUGUUGCUUGCAAAUCUAGCUGAGAUGCCGGGCUUCUGGAGCCAUGUACUGUUCUUUUGUGUCCUUUCUCAUGAUGAGGGGAGUGUGGCUUAAUUGAAUUAUCUGUGUUAUGAACUAGAUUUCCUGAUGGUUGGGAGCAGGGGUGGUGGUGGUAGGCUACGAAGCUGCCUGAAGCAUCCCUAAGGGCUAUGUGUCAACUCUGCCUUUGAAAAUAUAUAUAUUUUCCUUUCAGGUGAGAGAGCGCUUACGGGCAGCACUGGAACGAGUAGCUACACUAGAAGAACAGCUUUCUAGUGCUCACCAACAGGUAAAUAUUGUACUGUUUAGAUUGUACUGUGGAUUUCACUGAGGUUAAAUCAAAGAAACUAAGACUGUUGAUUGCAGAAAAAAAUGUAUCUGCAGCACUAUGUGACAUGCAAUCUUUAUAUUUUUGUUUCAGUUGUUGGACUUGUGACACAAACUCCUGUAUAUUUCUCUUAUUUUCUUUAGACAAGAAUCCCUUUUUAAAUACUCCUCUAAAGCUAUUUUAUACUGAUCUAAGGAAUUUUGGUAACAACCAAGGUAAACUUGAAGCUAUUGUUAUGAGAGAUAAUUAAAAUAAUUGUGGAAAGCUACCCAGGCUACAUGGGGUUUCAUAAAUGGAAAAAACAAAAAAUGUACAGGAAGGGGGAGGAAGGACCAGUUGCUAAGAAGCACACAUUGCAGCAGCAAACUUAUGUCGAGAGAAUAUUGCAAAGGGAGAAAAAAAACCAAAAUAAUUGCGGUAAUGUGACUAGGUAGCAAAAAGAAAAAAAAUAUGUUACAAAAUUAAAGGUGAAAGGAAGAUACGGGAUACACCCCUGCAUGUCACAGACCUGAUCAGCUCAUACCUCACGGCUUCUACUUGAAAAACAAUAAUUGGACACAUUAAAUGUAUUCAUGCUUUUACAAUAUUGUGUGGUUGGGCCCUUACUUUCCAGGCUGGUCUUACACAAAAAGAAGUCAAAUUACCUGUUAAAGUGCCAGUUACCUAUGCUCCCACACUAAGUUAUUGAAUCGCUUUGCAUAGUAAAAAUCCUGGCUUUUACAGAACUCUCCUUCAUAAGCGUGUGCAAUGACAGCUUCUUAACAGUGACAGCAACAAUAGAAGGUGGACAAGAAGCUCUCUGCAUGUUCUGCAUUCUUAUUUUUCACACUUAAGGAAACCUUAAGUACAAGUGUAUAUUUAAAAUGUAUUUUGCAGGUAAGUGCUCUUCAGCAAGGCCCCUCCCAGAGGGAAGCACCUGUAGGAGAAGAUGAUAAAAGGACUGAGGGAAAAGAAUCUGGGCAGAAGCUACUUUGGAAGGUGAGAGUCAUCUUUCUUGGAAGUGGAGAGUAUCUAAUAUAAUAUUGAAGUACUAUGUGUUUAUAGCUGUGGGUCAUUCAAUCGAAGGUACAAAAUGGGAACCCUUUGCUUACUGAUAAAUUUUAUCUUCCCUUACUAUUUUUAAACUCUGCAAUAAUAGGCCUGUUGAAUAAAUGUCCAGUGGCACGUUACAGCUACCUCAAAAUGCCUCCUUUUCAGAAAAGACCAGUGUUACAGUAGCAAUCUAGCAUCUCUUGCAUACUGUUAGAAAGAAGAAAAACUGAUAGUUCAUUUGGUGAGCUAAUUUAUUGAAAUGUCGCUCAGCAGCAUUUGUUUGGUAUUGUGUUUGACUGGGUAGUUCAUAUUCCUUGGAAACAUAGUUCUUUGUUAUAUGACUUUCACAGAGACUUCCUAAUGGCUCUAUACAUCCGGAUGAUGAGGCAAGCCGGACUGUGGAACUGCAGGAACUUCUAGAGAAGCAAAACUUUGAGGUAGCGCAAGCUAAAGAACGAAUAGCUGCUUUGGCUGCCAGUGUUGCUGAGCUAGAAGAAGAUCUAAGUACAGCCAGGAGGGACCUAAUCAAAUCAGAAGAAAUGAGCGGCAAGUACCAGAGGGACCUAAGAGAGGUGAGAGCGUUCUGUUCCAGCAGCAUAAACUAUGUUACCGAGAGAAUCUCUGAAGCAACUUUAAAAGCCAUCUUAUUUUUUCCAGGUGUAGCAAAAAUAAAAUAGUCUGAGCAUCUGCUUGCAGAAAGUUAUUGCUGUUUCUAGCAGUGAGCUUAGUUAUUCAGUGUCAAAGUAAGAAAAAAUUGAUCAUAACUAGAGAUUUGCAACCCGGCCUCCUCUCAGUUUGCCCAGAUAAAUAAUUGGGCUUUCAGAGUUCUAGUAGAAUACUUUGGGGUGGGGUGGGGACACCAGUUUUUCAGGUGUUCCCUGUGAGUACAGUGGUACCUUGGGUUACAUACGCUUCAGGUUACAGACUCUGCUAACCCAGAAAUAAUACCUCGAGUUAAGAACUUUGCUUCAGGAUGAGAACAGAAAUCGUGCGGCGGCGGCGGCGCAGCAGCAGCAGGAGGCCCCAUUAGCUAAAGUGGUGCUUCAGGUUAAGAACAGUUUCAGGUUAAGAACAGUUUCAGGUUAAGAACGGACCUCCGGAACGAAUUAAGUACGUAACCAGAGGUACCACUGUACUCUAAAAGUACAGUUACCAUUUUCCUGCCACUUUCCCUUCCCUGCCAGCUCUCUACUUCAUCAAGCCAAAAACCCUGGGGAAGAGAAAGACAUGACAGUGAGAGGGUUCUCAACAACACAGGAAAGGCCUUGUGGCUGCAAAUGGUGCAUAGAGCAUUAUUUCUUGCAAUCAUGAGGUUUGACUGUGGUGCGAGCCUCCACCACCAUUUGCCUUGUCUUGUCCCUCAAGUUAUGGUUGUUUUGAGGGGCAAAGAUGGAUGAGGCUGUUGGGCAGGGCUGGAGAGUGGUGGAGGCAAGUGUGAGCCCAACUUUCAUUUGGAAUCAGCUUAAAUGGUUCCAAUACAACCUUUCAAAAUGGGGCCAGCUUAUUAAUGCGGAGAGAGUUUACAUUUUGAGCUUCAGUGUAGUACCUCAAUAGUCAUAACAAGCCCUUCUCAUGCUGUGGUUCAGGCAGAUUUUUCUAUCAUCAUGAGGGCCAUACAACCACAAAGUUCGUGACUUUCUUCAUGGCUCAUCCUACCAGGCUUUGGCACAGAAAGAAGACAUGGAGGAGAGGAUCACCACCUUGGAGAAGCGCUAUUUGGCAGCCCAAAGAGAAGCCACCUCUAUUCAUGACCUCAAUGAUAAACUAGAGAAUGAGCUGGCCAAUAAAGAGUCUCUCCAUCGCCAGGUAACAGGCGCUAAUGGCAUGCCAUCUGAAAAGCCAGCUUCCUUCCUCUGAGUCAAGGGCAUGUGUGGCUACAGUCAUAGGUACUUCAAGACCCUCCUUUGACACUCUUGAAUAUAUAUAUAUAUAUAUAUAUAUAUAUAUAUAUAUAUAUAUAUAUAUAAUUUUUUGAUGAUUUUAACACUAAUCAACCACAAGUAGGUAUCAGCAUGGUGUACAGUAUAAGGCCAAAAAGGUCAUACAACCAAAAGUGCAACCAUGCAAUGAAAAACAGUCAAAAUACACAAAUAAAAUGCCUGGGGAAACAGAAACGUUUUCACUUGACACCAAUAAGUUUGCACCAGUUGUAUCUCUGUGUUGAGGGUGCCACAGUUGGGGUGCCAUGACAGAAAAGGCUUAGCUUGGUUGACACACUUGUGUGUAGAAAGUACUUUAAGAAGAUCUUAAGAUACAGGCAAGCUAUAUAGGAAGAAAUAGUCAAGCUACCCAGCUUCCAAUCCUUUUAAAGUUUUAAAGAUUAAAACCAACACAUUUAUUUGAGACAAGAAGCAAAUAGGCAGCCCAAGUUGUUCUCUUGGAAUUGGUGCAAUAGCAUCCCCUUAGUCAAUGCCCAUUAACAUUCUGGCAAGCACAUUCUGCACUAGUUGAAGCUUUGGUCAUCUUUAAGGACAGCCCCCAUGUACAACUUGUUACAGUAAGCCUGUGAGUAACUUACUAGAGUAUGGACUACUGUAACCAGACUAUUCCUGUCCAGGAACGGAUGGUGGCUGAAGCUGUGUUUGGUCACCCCCUUUUUCAUGACUGCCAUUCUGCAUUGUUCUACAGUGUGAGGAGAAAGCACGACAUCUCCAGGAGCUUCUUGAACUGGCAGAGCAGAAACUGCAGCAGACAAUGAGGAAAGCUGAGACACUGCCUGAGGUGGAAGCUGAGCUGGCCCAAAGGAUAGCAGCACUCACCAAGGUAAGUACACAGCCAGAAGCUGGCUUCAAAGCCCAGGGUACAGAAAGGGUUUAGUGUUUCUCCAGAACUUAGAACUUUCCUGGAAUGGAGGAGAAAGGUGGAAGAAAGAGGAGCUUUUUAAUUCAUGUUACAAGUAUUACUUUUUCCUUUCUGCUCUGUGUUGUCUCUUCUGCAGUAGCUGGCUAUGAUGAGCCACCUCUUUGGAUGGUGACCUCUCCUAAGGAGGGUUUUGUUUGUUUGUUUUUAAAUGAUGCUCUAGCAGGUCAUGCUGCAUUUUUCAUGGGUAUGUUUUAGGCACCCAGAAUCUGAAGGCAGGGCUUGCUUCUCAAGAAUGACCUAAAGUGCAUUCUUUUCAACCAAGAAGCCAAGCACUGCAUUGGGCUAGGCAAGCUUGGAACAAGGGUUUGAGGUCCAUUUACCAUUCCUGAGUCUUUUACCUCAGAUAUUGCUACCUUCAUACAGGCAUGAAAAAAAUGGGACAGGAGCACAAAUCUCUGUUAAACUAAUUGUGCAGCUGUUUAAUGAAAUAGGCAUUGCGAGGAGUGAGAUGGACCAGGAAGUUGCUGUGACGUUUGUACAGCCAGAUUCAGAAGGCCCAUAUGGCACUUCCUCAAGCUUAGCUUGAUGCAAGGUUAUUUUAGAGCUGAGCUCAUUAAGAAUCUCCAGUGUAUUAAUGUGCUAGUGCCUGAGAGAGACCUUUCCCAGAAUCCCUCAGCUUAUGUUUAACACCCACCCAAAUAUCUCAUGAGAACAAAUCCACCAUGGUCACGUUCCUAUAUUUUUGGGUAGUACUGCACUCUGCCUGAUUGCUGUGUCAGUAUGUUCUUAUGUAAGAACAGGUAUCUCUUAUCCCCGCUCCCUAUCCUAAUUCCCAGAGCUUGUAAGAAUUGCUCAUUCCUUUGAGACUGUCUUGGUCUGUGUAGGCAGAAGAAAGGCAUGGCAGUAUUGAAGAGCGACUGCGGCAGCUGGAGACUCAGUUGGAGGAGAAGAACCAAGAACUAGCAAGGGUAGGUUGACUUCUGUAGAGUAUAUAGCACUGCUUUUUAUCAUUUUUAACACCUUAUUUACAGCACCACAGUUUAGGUCAGGAUCCUGUUGUGGGAGGGAGAAAGAUGAUUUGGAGUUAGCUUCUACAUUUGCUACUAGAAUUUCAAUGUCUUAUUCACAAGUGUUGCAUCACAUGGUUGCUGCAAGUCUUUGACCACGCUGUUACAGCCUGCUUCUUUAAGGCUGAGUUUUAAUGGCGUGGUUAAGUUGUGACACCCAGGCACACAAGAAACUCCUUUAUAAUUCCGCUCUGCGUAGUGGAACAAUUGUAUCACAGAUGGUGGUCAGCACUUCUGAAUUCAAUCCAAGUUCUGAAAUAAAAUGGGACUUCUUAUAAUUUCACUCCUACCAAAAUCUAUUCCUCUUCCUUCCUGAUAGCCCUUUAAUGUAUAAUAACAAAACAUUUAUUUUGUUUUGGGUUGCCAUUUCAAAGACUUUUAAUACUAAUUUCAGUAAGCAGUUUCACAGUAGUAAAAUAGUUGCAAGGAAAGGUUUUUUUGUCAUUGUACACAAAAAUAAAUCUGUACCACUGAAUGAUAUAAAAUCACUUCUUACUUUGCAGUGUAAAUAAUAUUCAUAGGAAUUGGGCUCCCCACUGGUAUAAGCUGAUGUAGUGGAACUAAUAAAAGUUUGGAAAGUGGAUUCUCAAAUCUUCCAAUCAACGUGGUGGACAUAGUAUGCUUGUGAAAACUUUACUACAUUAGGUUGUUAGAAAGAAGGUUAUUUUGGAGGAGAUUCUUCAAUGAUUAGGGCUAAUUUUACAGCAAUUUCAAGGCAAAUCUGCUUUGAAUUACUUGGUUGAUCAUGAUUCCCCCCUCAACUCCCAAACAGGCCCGUCAGAGGGAGAAAAUGAAUGAGGAACACAACAAGCGGCUGUCUGAUACUGUGGAUAGACUGCUGAGUGAGUCCAAUGAGCGGCUUCAACUUCAUUUGAAAGAACGGAUGGCAGCCCUUGAAGAGAAGGUAUGUAUGUAUUAGACACCUCAUAAAAUUAGCUCUAUGGGUGUCAUACACAACUGGCUUUUUUGCCAUGCUAUGUUUAAGAUUGAAAAGAUAAUUUUGCUGACAGUCAGGAUUUGACUGGAAUGUUGGGGCCAUCCUAAAAAGAAACUGAGAUCAUAGCUAUUAUUGAUCAAUUAAUUCCAACUAUUGAGUCAGGCCCAAGAUUCUUUUUAAAAUGAAUGUUAGCAAAAUACUUUUGCCUAUAGAGUAGAGCAGUGGUUCCCAAUUGGUGGUUGCUGACCCCAAGGGGUCCGCAUAACCCAUCCAGAGGGUCUGUGACACUACUCAUGUGUAACAAAAACUAGCAUAAAGAUAACAAAAAUUUCCUAAGUAGGGGGUCCAUGGGUUGGCUUGGCUUAGCAACUGGAAGCCAUAAGUAGAGGAUCUUAGAGACUGAUUUUGCAGAGAAGGCCUCUUUUGCUGCCUUGGGCUCUGCUGGUCCCUUUGCAUCUUCCUUUGGGCUUAGUGUAUUCUAACUAAUUCUAAGGGAUAGAGGAUUGCACUGAUGGCUUCUUGAAUGAUUUGUUGGUACAAUUUAACUGGCUGCUGCAAUAAAUGUGAAACAAAAUUUUGGCUUUUAGGAUGCUCUUGUGUGAGAUCAAGUCUCAGCUACCUACAUCUUCAUGUAUUGGCAUCUAAGUAUUUGUAGUGGUAUCAAAAAGCCAUUGUUCAUUGAGGAUGGAUGGAUAAUUGGUUGGAUGGGUGGGAAGAUUUUUAAAAUGUUUUUGUUGCUUUACUGUGCCAAAUUAUUAGCUCAUGUGCAUGGUUUUGAAGGGGCAGUCUAGCCUGUACUUUUGAGAUCAGUACUGCUGUAAUGGCAAAGGGUCUAUAAAUAUUUGUUAGUAAUUUGGAUGGCACAGAUAUUGAUUCACUUCCUACCUCAUACCUCAACUGAACCAUCUUAAGUGUCCCUACCACUUUCUUUUCCUUCUGCUAGUGUGUAGUAAUUGUAAUAUCUAUACUGUGUGAAGUUGGAUCUUCACUGGGCCAACUUCAAUGAGAAUAAGCUCCGUAAGAAUCAAUCACUCCAUUCUCUUCUAAUUAUUAUCAUGUAGUUAGAGUGCAAUGAUGAUCAGCUGCAUUGCACAUGUCAAAAAUGUAAUAAAAAGAAUGUCAUAAAGAAAAUAAUCUUUGUUUGGUCUGUUGAGCUCUGAUUGUGUUAGGCCAGGGGCUGCAAACCUUUUUGUACCCACAGGCACAUUAAGAAUUUUGAGAGUGUUCUGGGGGCACCAGACAAAACUUGCCUUCUGUGUGUGGUGCGGCAUAAUGCAAAAUGGAUGCCAUGAGGAGGGGCAUAACAGAGACAGCCACUCUGGACAACCUUAUGCUUAUCAUAGAAAGUCAGCUCUGUAGUAUUGGUUUUGCUUGUGGAGUUCACACAAUAUUUAUUUCAUAUACGCAUACGCUGAUGCUGUUGCUGUCUGAUAGCAACAAGGAGCAAUUCUCAGUACUAGAAAAAUACAGAAGAUAGCAACACCACUCUCAUUUCACAGAGUUCACUUUGUAGGUACCUGCACAUUUUGCCCCAUAACUUUCUGUCCAGGAGGGGUUGAUACUUACCUAAAAAUGAAUAAAUAAAUAAAAGCUCAGAAUGUGGGGCACCUGUCCAGGAGCACCAGCAAAAUUGUUUCCAGAUGCUACGGUGCCUGCAGGUGCUGGGUUGAUGACCCCUGUGUUAGUCAUUCCAUCUCAAAGGGUGGUUUGUUUUUUUAAAAUGACUGUUGUGCUGGAUAUUCAGACAUUAGUGACUUUGACAAGCUCUCCUCAAGGUCUAUAGAAAGUAUUCCUUGCUGCAUUUACAAUUCAUGGACCUGAUUAGAACACCUAUGCAUUUUGAAUGCUAACUUCAAUUGUCUCAGUUCUUCUGUAACUAGAGUUGUUUAGCUCUUGGGGUGUGACAGGUUCCAAAUUGCACAAAAGGGAGCCAUAACAGCAGUCAGUGAGGCACAAUUGCCUGGCUGAAAUCUGCUAGGGAAAGACAGGGACUUCUUCAGUACAGUACAUUUUCAGGGGUGGAAUGCAUUUUUGAAGCCUACCCAUUUUCAGCUCUAGCUCUGCUUUGUUGCCAGUAUGAUAGAGACCUGACCAGGGCCGUCUUUAGCAGAUGCGGUGCCGGGGUGCAAAUAUCCGCUUAGCGCCCCCAAAUUAACCAUGGAUAGUGGGGAAGGGUGCGAAGCUGCGCAUUGCCAGCCAUGGGAGGGAUGCGCAACUCUCUCCCAUGCCGCUGCGGGAGAGCAAUCCCCGCAGAGGCUUGGGAGGGAAGCUGCGCGGCCGCCAGCAAUAUAGUUAGCGGGGCGCAGCUUCCAUCCUAAGCCUCUGCAGGGAUCGCUCUCCUCCUGCGGAGGCUUGGGAGGCAAGCUGCACGCCCACCAGCCAUAUGGUUGACGGGACGCAGUUGGCGGGCGUGAAGGGAAAGGGGAGGCUGCCGGCAAAGCUGCACAGCUCCCCCACUGACUGGGGUGCCCCUGAGAGGCCGGCACCGUGGCACCACGCACCACUAAGCUGUAUGGGAAAGACGGCUCUGGACCUGACUCACACCUCUUCAUAUUUUUUUUAAGAAUACACUUAUUCUCUUUCUCCCCCCCCCCCCCCCCAGCAUGGAAAAGGGAUCAGAGGAAACUCCCAUACAAGCAGUUAGGUGUAUGGUCAGGUAACACACAAAACAACCAUUAGGCUGAGCUCAUCUCCUCUCUGAAUUGCAAAAAGGUCCACCAUGUAGGGAUCUGCUCUAUGGGAGGCAGCUUUUCUUCCUAUCAACAAGGAUAGCACUCAGUGCCAUUUAUAGCAAAUUCUUCCUCUGUAGCUAAUGAGCCCAGAAUUUAGGGCACCAGUGGGUCAUUACCUCUUCCAUUAUCUCAUUUAUACUGGUGAUUUUAUGUGAGUUUAGGGAGUAAUGCUGUGGGCUGAAAUCCUAAUUGUUUGACCAUCUGGGAACCCCUCCUGUUCUACUGGUCUCAAGUUUAGAAACUUGGCAUAAAGAACUUUCAUUGGCUCAGAUUUGUCACUGUCACAUCUAAGUAGCCUUGUAGGUUCCCCAAUACCAUUUGCCUUUAUUAAUGCUAAUAAAAAUAUUAAGUGCUUAAUUUGUUUGUAAAUUGGCACAUUGCUGCCUUUGGAAGUGCACAACAAUGUUUAGGUUAGACUGGUAUUAUGUGCAGUAUUACUGUACAGGAGUUUGUUUAUUUUUUAAAAGACAGAUUUCUGAUCUAUUAUCACAUCAGAUGGAAUUCAGAAUUAAGGUCAAACUGGCCAUCAAAUUUGGCACAUAGGCUUGGCAUGCAAUACUUUGGCAUGCAAAUUGUUCAUGCCAUACUCCCGAUCUGGCUCACCCCACCCCCAAUUCUAUUUUUUGAAAAACCUUGCUUGCUUUGCCUAUCCACUUGACAAAUAUUGCAUCUAGUUUAGCCUUCAGAGGCAGUUUUACUCCAAGGUAGCUCCUAUCCAUGUCUAACAUUCUUUUUAGUGAUUAGCAGUUAAUUUUGGGCAGCCUCCCUAGAGGCUCAUGUGAACACUUGUGGAGGGAUCACUUCUACAAUUAUCUUUUGGACAAUGCAGAUGUCUGUUCUGAUAUAUAGCUUUCAAUCUCAAUAGUCAGAGUUCUCCAGAAAGCCACUUGAACAGCUUUACUUAGAGACCCAUAUAGUCUCUUUGGUCCCUUGCUAAAUGAGCAUUCAGCCUGAUUGGUUUGUGGAGAGAUGAGACAACGUUGGUUUCUUAAUGAGUGUUCAGUCUGAUUUGUUUGUGGGGAGAUUAGAUGAAUUGCAUCAAGAAAGUGUUAACACACACUUUCCAGUGCAUUUUUCUGUCAUAUUCCUUAACGCAAAAAGUUUGAUCAUUUGGGGAAGUGGAUUUGUUUUCCAAGAGCUCCAAUUUUAAAUCAAAUUUGAAACACCCUUUCUCUCUCUUGUAAUUACUCACCUUUGCUUUUUAAGAACACAUUAUUACAAGAACUGGAAAAUACCCAAAAACAAAUAGAGGAGCAGCAGCAUGACAAGGUAAAUGCCACUCCGGGGAACUGUGGAAGGAGUGGCAAAUAUAUUUGUUAAGUGCAUUUUCGUUGCCUUGAAAUUGCAUGAUCAGAAACUGUCAAAUGGUUGUAUCAUGAUCACUAUAAAUAGUUUUAUAGAUCACUAUAAAUAGUUUUUUGCUUCCCUGCUGGGUCCUCUUUUAGAAGAGAAGCUGAUCAAACUCUGUUCAUUUCCAGUGAGCAGGAUGUCCUCAUAGAGGACUGAAGUGGUUCUGUUCUGCCCACAAACACUGCAUUUUGGGCAGAAUUUUAGUAGGGAUAGGAUCUUAGCUAAAAGGUAGUAAAGUAAACUGCAAAUAACUCCCUUUGGAGUCCUGUCUAGUGUCAUCUCAACAUUUUAACUGGAAACCUUUCCGACCCCAUUGCCCUUGCCAAAGUUCUUGUGCAGGCUUUGCUGGCAGGGCGCAUUAAUUGACUCCCACCCUUUGUAUGGAUGUAGCAGGACUACUUCACUCCCCUACCUUUAAUAAGUGGACAAAAAUUGCACUAUAUUGCAUGAUAUUCUUGUUUAUGGUAUUGAGGCUUUCAUUCAAUGAUUUUUAGGAUAAGCCUUGGCUUUUUGGUCACUUCUGUUUACAGCUAUAAAUUUCUCACUGUUUGCUAGCAUGACCAAAUACAUUCUCUGAGCAACAACAGGAAUACAAUUAGUGUCCAAGUAGCAUUCACUUGCUGCAUGUAACAGCCAACAACCAAUAAGUGCCUGCUUUUCCCACACCCUUUUGUCUGCCUCUUUGUCCCCUUAUUCUCCCCUGCUUUCCCUUCAGCAUGAUAAUCUACAAUUGCUGCAUGACUUUUGACUUCACAGAUGGUAUGAAAUGUGUGUGUUACCAUAGUUGUACUGGCUAUAGAGAAACUAUUUCUUAUUUUGUUGUGAACAGAGAAGGCUGUCAGAUGAAAUUGACAAAUUGAGAUUAGAAAUUGACCAGUUAAAGACAAGAAGUGGAUCUUUUCUUGACAGUGUACAUACAAGGUGAGAAUAUUAUUUAUUUUUCAUGGCAAAUACCUCUGUGACAAUUUGUUGUUGUUGUUAUCAUCAUCCUAAUCAUUUAUUAAAUUUGUAUACCUCCCUUCAUCUGAAGAUCCCAGGCCAGUUCAUAACAGAAAAAUACAAAAUAAAACAAACACAAACCAAUGAUCCCACAUACUGAUGGGAGGGGGGUUGUCUCUCUGAACCAAUGCCUCAGCUUGUGUUGCUGUAUCUACAGACUUUUCAUUGAUGUUUCUCACAUCCCAGAGUUCUUCACAUUGAGGCAGAAUGUGCAAUCAGGUGGGCUGCAUUUAUUGAAACUUGUAAAAAUGUUCUUGGCAAAAUUUUAGUUUUGGCCUCUGUAACUUUGAUAGAUGCUGCUGAAAUUGAAGGGCUACCAGAGCCCAAGUGGCUGUGUCACAAAUUGUUUUCAUCUUAAUGACAACUAAAACAUAGGUCUUCUGCAUACCUGACAGUUGUAUCAUAGCCUGAUUUCUGGUGGUCCAGCUGGGUUUUAGCUGCACAGUUCAUAGAAUAGAAUUGUAGAAUUGGAUGGGACCCUGAGGGUAUCUAGUACAUCUGCCUGCAAUGCAGGAAUCUUUUGCCUGACAUCUGGCUCGAACCUACAACCUGAGAUUAAAAGUCUGAUGCUGUUGGGCAUCCUGGACAUCUGAACAGGAACACUGCAGACUGCUAUGUUUUGUUGCAAGUCCUUCUUGCAAAUAACGCAAAAGAAGCUUUCCCAUUCUCUCCUGCCUCUUCAAAUGCUAAACUGGCCUAAUAAAAUUUAUCUGAAAGCAAAAUCUGACUCUUUGCUAUCACUGUGUGAUCCAGUAGAGGGUGCAAUUACACAACAGGCCAGUAAAAUAGAUAAGACAGCAAGCACCUGCAGUGCUCUAGCUACCAGUGUUUUGCUUUUGUUUUGGAGCCUCACUGGUAAAUAGGAAGAAUGACCUCUCCAAUGGGCAUCUGUUCUCUUCGCACAUUACAUGUUUCAUAUAUUGAUAGUACUUCAGUUUAUAAAACAGGGUGAAAUUCAAACCUGUAUUUUUAACAGGGAACUUCGGUGUGUUUCAUUUUGUACCUGAUUAUCUUGCUAAAGUUUAUUUAGUCAGUACACUGUGGUCUUAAAUGUUACCUGUCUUAAACCUCUGUAAUUUAACCUAAAAUAAAUAUUGAUCCUCAGGUAUUGUCUUUUGAUUGCAACCUUUAAUAGGUUUAGUGGACACAGUAACCUUUAGUAGGUUGUCUACGCCAUUGUGCUAAUCCUGCUCUUAGUGGACACUCUGCACCUUUUGUGGUGGCCCAUGGCUCCUUCAAUCCUUGGCAUGUCCAAUUAAAGAUUCUCCAAUAAGCAAGCUGUUGAGAGAACUCUUCCUGAGAUGCUGAAGAUAAAGUAGUAUUGGGCUAGAUGGACUAUUGGUAUGAUUUGGAAUAAUGCAGCUCUGAAUGGAAUUUGUGUUGUCUUUGACAGUCAUGUGAUUGCUACAGUGAACACAUUGUUGCAGUUCAGCCCGCAUUUACCCUGUAUGUAUGUAACCCAUUUUUAAAGUAACUUCACUGUGGAAUUAUCAAAUCAGCAUUACUGCUGCGAGUGCUGUGUUUAACCAUGACUAUUCAUGCAAAUUGACUUACAAGCCAGGAAAAAAGGGAUGAUGGUGAGAAAAGAAAGUUGAAGCUGUAUUGUAAAGGAAAGCCAUUGGAACUGUCGUGCCGAGUCUUGCUAACCCUUGUAAUCCGUAAUCUGUGAAACUGUAAUCUUCAGAGAAAAACCACAAGCCCUGUAAUGUGCUGUGUUGUCUGAUCACAGUUUCUGGUAAUAAGAAGCAUACAGACAUAGUUGAAUAUGUGGCUGUUAUGUUCAUAUAUAACGACAUGUUCUGCUUUUUUAUGAGAUAAGGAAGAAAAGUAAGAUGAAAUAUGAAAUAUGAAAUCAUGUCACUUCACUCCUAAUCCAUCACUGGUGGCAGUCUCUUCAUUGGAAGAAAAGAGAUGAUAUCCCUUCCAUGUACACUUAUCAUUGCUUGUUCAAACAGCCUACUGACAGAUCCCUGACAGCCUAAUCCUUUGCAUAUCUAUUCAGAAGUAAGCCCCACUGAGGUAAUUGGGGCUUGCUUCCAGGUAAAUAUUGUGUAGGAUUGCAGCCUGAAUUCUCUACACUGUUCAGCCAUUAUGGAUUGAAUUCAGCCUCUUUUGUCUGAAUCAUGCCUAGUUUAAGGAACACCUGGCAGGUUUUUCUUCCCCCUGCUUUGCAGAGGUGGAUACUAUGUCCCCUUACUGCUUUCUCCAAGCAGAACAAAAUACUGGAGUUUGAAGGAGGAAAGUGAAACACUAUUGUCUUUCACCUUCUCACAUCAAUUACUCUUGAAUAUGUUCCUACUAAUGGUCCGUUUUUGUGUCCAGGUUCCAUACACUCUGUAAAUUAUUCAUUUAGCCACAGGAGUGUGCAGUCUUACAUUACAUGUAUUGUACUAUGAGGGGAUUUUACAAUGAUUUCUCUCCCCCCCCCCAUGGUUUCUCACAGGCCCCUAACUUCUUCAAACACCAUUGUUUGAAUACCUGGGGUUUCAAUGAUGAUUUUCAUAUUCUGCUAUUAACCUUAGCAAUCUAGAAUAACUUCUUGCUUAGGGAUAUGCUGCAGAAUAAACCAUAGCAGUCUUUUUGAGCCAAAGGGUGAAUGGAAGGGUAGAUGGGACUGAAACUGGCUCUGUAGCUUUUGCUACAGGAUGUGUCCUUGUAUUUCGGAGGCAGAUAAUUGUGUUGGAUUCUCCCUCACCCCCAAUAUCCUGGAACACUGGAGUGCUCAAAUGAUAGGGCUGGAAAGUACUGCACCCACUGGGGAUCUCAGCUGUCACUUUCACUUUGAUCUCCUUCUCUCCAGACUGAAAUGAGGCUCUUAGGCUCAGCCAGUGCGAUGAGAGAUGGCUUGGUAGCCUGUAUGUGAGCCUGGUGUGGCAUGUGAUAAGCUUGGCAUAUAACAUUUAAAAUAUUACUUGAGUAUGAUUUUAAAUUUCAAAAGUGUGUGUGUGUGCACUGUCACACACAUGUACUUUAAUAAGAGACCCUGCAUUUCAAGCUUGCUUCUAAAGAACUGAAACUUAAUACCCUUUCAAUUGACCUGGUGGGCUUGCAUUAAACUUUAAGUAGAAAAUUAUGAGCUGCUUAUUACUUGCUAAUCAACGGAAUGCUUCUUUCAUAUUCAGGGUCAAGUUCUUCAAAGUUUGGAUUGUCACAUCCUGCACUCUCUUAAGUGCUUGUUUAGCUAUAUAUAUUGGCCUCUGUCCAACAAGAAGGGACAUUGAAAUGGGUGUUGCACAUGUGUUUCCCAGCAAUGAAGAGAUUCUGGAGCAAGAUCUUGAAUACCACUCAUCAUCUAUUUGGAGGAAAUGGAGGUUUCCUUCCUUGACUGAUGAUUGGCAGCACUCUAACUCCAACUUAGUGAUUGCUAUUUAAAGUCUGUUGUGGCAUUUGUUUUAAGCUUCUUGUGAUUACUUUAAAUUAUUUUGUUAUAGAGUAAAAAGCAUUGUAAAAAAAUGAACUCCUGGAAUGUUCUUUUCACCCUUGGGAAUCAGGGCGCUACCGAAUAGCUUGCUUUCCUGAUUUUACUGAGGGAAGGUCACUGGUUUUCUUUAAAAGUAGAACUAAAUUCAAGGUGUUUUAUUUACCAAGGGAUGGACCUGUGUUGACCAGAACUGUACCCUGUUCCCCACCCAGUUUGGAUUUCCCUGGUACUGGCUAUGGACCCACAUUGCUGUCUGAAUCUCAGUUAUCCAAAACUACAUUCACUGUUCAUCCUUGUAUGGACUUCCUGUUUUUCCAGACUUAUGAUUAGUUGAAUAUUUUGGCUGUGAGACAAUGAUAGCAUACUGUGUUUCUCAGUGUGUGUUGCGUUAUACUGUCAGUAUCUGAAAUUACAAUCUAUUUUUAGACUGGUGGUUAAAAAGACAAGUAAAAAAUAUUAAAACUAUUUAUUACAUAUUAUCCCCAUUAAACAAAACUAAGUGAUGCUAUUUUUAUUUACUUAGGACUUUUCUCCUCUCCCACUCUUUUUUUUUUUUUUUGUAGGUCGCUUGUUGGAAGUACUCCAGACCUCAGGUAUCCCCUGAGUUCUAUUGUCCAUGCACCAGCCGAGCCCUUUGGAGCACCCUCCAGUCUUCACCGGGCACCAAAGAGCCGAUUUACAACUCUGCGGGAAGACCCCUCCAAGGUAAAGCUCCUGAUGUUUGCCUUGCUCCAGCUAAUCUUCAGCGGGCAGCUCCAGUUACGCCUGUAUCUUGGAGCAUAUCACAAAAUCUUUGUGAUGGCAGCAGCUGCAGCAGCUGUCCUGCGCCUUUAAACGAGGGGCUUUGGCCUUUCACUCGGCAGUAACAGCUGCAGACCUAAACCCCAUCUGAAGGAAAGAGACUCCCUGUUGUGUAGAAAGGCCACUGGAUGGUGGCCAGGAUAGUACUUAUUUGAUGGGCUUCUGCAGAGGAUGGUGAGAUGAAGUUUCAAAGGUCUUUGCUAUGCUGUGAAAUCUGGGCAAGAAAGAAGCCUUAUGCCUUACUGCUUAGUUGGAGCGUAUACUUGUAUUGUUAUACAGUAAUUACUCUUAGAAGCCACAGGACUUGCUUGAAUACUAUAGAUGUAGCUACAUGUUGAGAAGAAAGAGAAUGUGUUGCAUAUCAUCCCUUUAAGGACCACUUUCAAGCUUGAAUGCAACUUGAAUUCACUUAAGUUUUGUUUUAGUGGACGUGGCUCAAUUCAGUCCAUUUAAAACAGGCAAAAGUCAAAGUGUGAACACCUUGGUGAAUUUUGUUUGUUUGUUUCAAGGGUGGAUAGAUGUAGUAUCUGCCUUUUUUCCAUCAGGAAACUCAAGUUAGUGAGUGUAUUAUUGGAAGAGUUCAAAGGACCAAUUACCAUAGUUGCAGAGUAUAGGGAACAAGGAUUUUCUUGUUAAGCUCUAGUGAAUCUAGUGUUAAGUUCCUCAACUUUGGAUCUCUAGAUGUUCAAUUUCAACCCCAGCCCAGUAUGUCCAAUGGUCAGAGAUGAUGGGAGUUGUAGUCCUACAUCAAAUAGUAAACCAAAUAUGGGAAGACUACUCUAGUGUAAUGAAUUUACAGCUCUGUAUGGAGCUCACAAAUACAGUUAGAGAAUGGGCAACUAUGAAAUUAAUAGCAGAGACAUGGAUACUGUAGAAAAAUUAGUUGCUUAUUCUUUUGGGAGCAAACUGUCAUAUUUAUGCUGAGAUUUAAAUAGUAGACUGUUAUGUGUACUGUAUAUCAAAAUGUUUUAUUGACACUUAAAACCAUGUUUUGCAUGAUGUUCUGGCAGACUAUAAAUUGUGUUUUUGUUCUUUAACAAUAUGUGGUCCAGACAAAGCAACAUACCAGUACUGCUUGCUUACUUUGAGAUGGUUUAGUAAGCCUACGGAACGUCUUUCUACACAGUUAUUUAAAGGCAUGCUGCUGACCUGUAUCAAAUAUGGCAACUCCAACGCUAUAGCAAGCCAUUCCCAGACUGCAUUAAACAAAAGAAACUAUGUUUCUCUUAGCCAUUUCUCUGGCCUUCCAUUUACACUUUGCUCUAUUGUAGCCAAGUGAAUGCCAAUGAAGGCUGCUUAAUCCACUAAAUAAUUUCCUUAAGUCCUCCUGAUGCUGCUAUACCUUUCAAAAGUUGGAGCUUUUCAGAGGAACAAAUCCAAACUCCCGUAAGUUCUAGUCUCAGCAUAGUUUUGUCAAGGUUGGCUAGGUGAAAUCACCCAUAGCCCAGGAUAAAUGGAAGGUCCUUCAUUUCAGAGUACAGCUAUGGGAAAUGGCAUUCUUCCUUUUGGCUCCUUCUUAUUGGAGUUUUAACAUGGUGGUGGUUGCAUGAGUUAUUUUGUGGUUUUAUGUAUUCAGGAUUGGGACCUUGCUCAGCCAGGUGGGGUCCUUGCCGCUACAUCUCACACCUUUGACAGUGACCCAGAGAUCUCUGAUGUUGAUGAGGAUGAUCGGGAGACUGUGUUUAGUUCCAUGGACAUGCUGUCUCCAAGCGGUCACUCUGAUGCCCAGACCCUUGCUAUGAUGCUGCAGGAACAGCUUGAUGCCAUCAAUGAGGAGAUCAGGUAUGGAAUGGAGCAGUCUAUUUCAUGAUAUUGACUUGAAUCUAUAUUUUCACAGUGACUGAAAAAAAAUCUAAAUAAUUUUGUUUGGACUACCUCUCAGAAAAAGUGAACUGCUUUCAGUCAUCUCUAAUCUCAACCUUCUGAAGAUCUCAAAGCAUAAUAUAGAUGAAAUUAAAAAAAGAUACAGUAGUCUGCAUAAUCCAUAAAGCCUGAAGAAAUACCUUGUAGCAUUCUCUCUGGAAACCUUAACAAAAUAAGAUGGGAGGAAGAGCUGAACCUGGGAGGGAGAUGAAGACUUGAAACAACCAAUUUUGGUUGCUGCAGAGUAACCUAGCCACAUAAAGGCACAUGAUUAGUUGCUAAUGUUGUCUCAGCACUGGUUUGAAUGUAGUACUAAAUAGAAGCAUAUUCUCAUUCAGUGCUCCCAUGCUCUAAGAAAACUCAACAUUGCUAUAUUAAUUAAAGAAAAAUGAGUAAUCUUCCAUCUGUCCCCAACUCAACAUCAUAGUUGCAAGUCCAAAGAAAACAUUUUGUUGUGAUUCUAAUGCCUUCAAGUGAAACUGUGAAGUUUUUUGUUUAUUUUUUAAGGUUGAGGAAACUAAUGUGCAGGAAGCUUGGUGAUUUCCAUCAAAUCUUUUCCUAGAUUCUGCAAAGUGAUAAAAUAGGAACAGCGUGGCUUCUAGUUCCUGCUUUAAUUUUCUAAUUUAAGGGAAGAAUUCAACAUUGAGCUAUGUUUGCCAGACAGAACACGCCCUCCCUCCACUCUUCCCACAUGCACUGUUCUGGGGGUUCUCACAACUCCACUCCAAAAGCCAGGGUGUGUGCUAAGGGAGGAGAGGAGGGGACAGCUCUCUUGCACAAACAGAAGUCUUCAUGCAGGACUUCUACUGCUAGAACUUGUUAGGUGAAUCCUACCCCAAGUUACCUUGCAUUUAUCAUUUGUCAAUAAAUAUGCCAAAGGAGCUUAUGGAGCAUAGGGAGGCCAAGCUUAACUUUUAAUAAAAAUAUUAGUUUGUUAGCCCUAUGGAUUUUGAAAGUAUUACAAAUGUGAUCCAUAUGUAAGUUUACAGAGUAUGAGCUUGAGAGCCUGGCAAAACAGUUCUUAGGAAAUAGAGUCCUUCAGUGAAAUAUCAGAAGCUGUGUUCUAGCUCAGAGUUCUUCAGCCUUGGGUACCCAAGGUCAUACUGCAGCUCAGUACUUUUCUUCUAGAUAAAAGGUGACAGUACUCAGUAUGAAGUUGUUACAGUAAGUGCCACACCUUUAACCAGUGUUUUUCUUCCAGAAAAAAGGUGUAGGUGCUGCGUAUCUUUGAGUACCCUCAGAAAAAAAGCACUUCUGCAACUCCCAUAAUUCCUAUCCAUUGGCUAAGAUGGUGGGAGAUGACUGGAGUUGUAGUUCAGCAACAUCUGGGGAUCCCAGGUUGAAUAACUGCUAUAGCUUGUUGAGUCAUGUAGAUGCAUAAACCAUGGAGUAAGUCUUGAGGAGGCCCUUGGGGAGAUGGAGGUAACUAACACAUUAAGGAGAAGUGGGGUAGAUUGCUGCCCUCUGGGUGACAUGGUUCUGAGUUGGAGCCAUUGAAUACCUUUAUAUUUUUCUGCAUAAUACGAGUAAGCAGAUAAGAAUUCCAAGUGGUGUUUGUCUAAAUAAAUGUUUUAAAAUGCAUUGCAAGCGGAGCUGAAAUGCCUGUUUCCCUUUAGAAUGAUCCAGGAGGAGAAAGAAUCAACUGAGCUGCGGGCUGAGCAGUUGGAGAGCCGUGUCACCAGUGGUAGCAUGGAGGCCCUGAAUCUAACACAGCUACGCAAAAGAGCAUCUAUCCCCACCUCCCUUACUGCCUUAUCCUUGGCCAGCUCAUCUCCUCCUGUCAGUGGGCGCUCUACUCCCAAGCUCACCUCUCGCAGCGCAGCUCAGGAUCUUGAUCGGAUAUGCAGCAUGACCCUGGUAAGCAGGGCAAGAGGAGGGGUGAUAAUGCAGAUAGACAGGUCGGCUGUUUGAUUAUAUAUGCUCUCCUUAGAAUUGUCUUGUUGCUUUCUUGUUGCUUCCGAAUAUCGUUUGUGCAGACUGCAGGACUUCUGGUCUUUAGCAUUUUCACUUGGGUUCUAUUUAUCGUGCAUAGGCAUUUACUUCAAUGACAAAAUUAUAUGCUGUUUUGUUUGUCUUCAAGAGGCCUUGUCUAUCCUGGUUGAUGCCCACAAUCUCUUGAUGUUCUCUUCAGUCCAAGUUGUAGCAGGCCUUUUACAGCAUCAACAGUUUGCUUUCUCCUUCAUACUGUUAUUUUAAACUAAUUUCUCUACUCUUGUGUCUUGUUUUUCGCAGCCCAGUGACUUGAGGAAACACAGGAGGAAGCUACUUGUGAGUCUAUUGGUUUAUUUUCUCUUUUAUGUGUAUUCUUGUUCCACUUCUGUAACCUCGUUGCCCUUCUGCUCCCUCGCUAACCCUGUCAUAACUAUUGUCAAGCAGGUCUAGUGCACUAACAUAGUGGAGCUGGCUUUAUUCUGGGAAACCUCUGUAUGCUGAAAAGACAAGUGGUGGAGGUUGCAAAAUAUUGUGUUGUUUUAGGUAGGGACUCUUAACUUGCUUAUACUACCUUCAAUGCUUCCACAAAAUGUUGUUAGCAUCUGUCUCAGGAGACAAUGAAGGAGUGCGCCUUUGGGGGUGAAGUCAAACCAUUGAAGAGUUACAGCGCCUGCUGUGGGAGAGACCUAUUUUGUUGCAGCUGAGGCAGAUGAAGGCAUCCAGUUUUGCUGCUGUGCUGCAGAUGCACCAUAGUGUUUCUUCUCUCUGCGCUCCUCACAGCAAUCAUUCUCCUUCUGGCCACUGCUGUGGCUACAUGACAUAAUAACCUGUCUCCAGGCACUGUGGUCUUCUGCAAGGGAUUCCCACACAGCAGGGUUGAUGUUGACAGCCUUCAUGUUACGUUUGCACACAAAAAUCAGAGAAUUGGCUAAAUUCUUCCUUAGGGCUCCCAAGUUGCAACCUGGAGAAUCUGAUUUCACUUUUGUCUUCUGUAUACCUUCUUCCUUUGCGUGCUGUAAUGGAAUAUUACAAUCUUCUGCAACAGGAAGAUCAGAGGAGGAAUCGUCAGAAGCAGGGCUGCAGGACAGUUUCCCUCUGCUAAUGCUGUUAAUGAUAAAUGUAAAAUCAUUUUUUUUAGAUUGCAACCUAGCAACUGUAUUCAUCUGUAAAAGAUAGUUACACUGAAAAUGUUGUUGUUAUAGUUGGCUUAAGGUGAGACAUUCAAGAUGCUGAUGAAAGUUUAUCCUGUAGCUGUAGUCACAGGUACUAUUUGGUUCUCCAUGUAAAUGCUAUAUAGAUAAUUGUAUGUCAAGCAGUAAAUACCCUGCUAUUACUGAGUUGGUUGCUGAGGAUCCAGUGGUCUUUAACCAAGAUACCCUGCACUCAAACCAAGAUCUAUUGAAUGUGCUUUUCUGCUGGAACAUAUAUUGCAGUUUAUAGAGUGGUGUAGCUAUGCAAAUAUUAUUGUAGAUUCAUAUUGGUCAGUGUCUGUAACAUCACUGACAAACAUAACUCUACCCACCAUGACUGUGCCAUUAUUUAUUUUAAAAAUAAAGUGCAUAAGAGGACCUUAAUCUAUGAUAAGUCACUAUGCUGUGCUACGCAUACAUUGCUAAUGUAGUUUUCUCAAGUCUGUGCAUCUCCUCAAAGUACAUAAUGGUUAACAUAUGAUAGAUUAAAAAUGUGAUCUCUGGGCUGUGCACAGGCAACAUCUUCAGUGAGAAAGGAAUAAAACCUUGCCAUCUUUUAAUUACAAUGGAUACAAACAUUUUCAUUCAAGCUUUGUUGCCAUUUCCCCAAUACUUAAACUGGGCACUUCAGACAGUUCCCUGAAACUGCUGUGCUGGUUGUAUGGCUGUCAGAAGCACUAGAUUAGAGAUUGUCAGGUUGAGGCUAGAACUGGUUAGUGGCCAUAACUAAACCUGGAGAAUGUAUUCUCUGGCUCAGGGGUCCCAGACAUCAGUAGUCUGAGAAGAAGAAGAAGAGAAUUGAAGCCUGAGGUGCAGUAAAUGGAAUAUACUAUUUUGUUCAAGCAAAGGCAGAAGUCCUCCCAUCAUCCCUAGCUAACAGGACCAGUGGUCAGGGAUGAUGCGAAUUGUAGUCUCAAAACAUCUGGAGGGCCGAGUUUGCCUAUGCCUGAUCUAUGCCAUGCCUGGGCAGAGACUGAUUUCCCUCUGUAGCCUUAGCACAACCCAUGGAACUUCACUGGAUCAGUCUCCAGCCUUGUACCCUGAAGCUCCCAAUUCUAAGCCUCAUAAUCCUUAGUAUACAGUAGCUAUGGCAUUAUUGAUGACAAGGAACUUGUGGGGGAACGUGUGUUGAAUUUAGUUCUUUAAAAAUAAUUCUUCUCAGGAAGCACUUCUUCGCUGCAGUGUUGCAGUCCUUGUGUAGAGCUUAAAACAUGGAGAACCAAGAAAAAAGAACCAAUUCUCCAUCAAGUAAAAAACGUUUUGGUGGGAGAAAUCUACAAACCCAUUUUAUUUUGGCAGGAUGUGCUUGCCCUGUUUAACCUUUUUAAAUGGUGGAAAAGUGGCUCUUCCUCAUAGUGACCCCUCCACACCCAUCUAGUUUGGCCAAUUAUCUUCCACUAUUGGUGCAGGAUUGGGGCUCUAUCUAUGAGUGCCCUUAACACAAGGAAGUGUUCCUUUUGCUUCUGAAAAAUUACCUCCAUACACAGUUUUAGGAUUCUAAAAAACAAAAACAAAAACCCUACCAAUUUUGCAUUCCAAACCCACUCUACAUGAUGAAUAGCAUAAUUGCAGCCUGGCUGGCUAUGGUAGUGUGCAGCAGCAUACCCCUACCAUUCCCUGCAUGCUUCCGCCCUCUUCUUCAUUUUUAUCUGUCUUUGUGUUCAGCUUCAGUGCCUGCCUGUGAUUUGUUCAGUGCAAAUGAGUUUGGAGAUGACUCCUGUUUAAACAGUAACGUGUAUUCUCUCCACCUACCUCCUGUCCCAGUGGCUAUGCCUUAUGUCUCUAGAAGCAUGUUUACUUCCUCUGUUUGGGUGCUUAGAUCUUGCUUGUAGUGUCAGAUUCUAUUUACUUUAAGGAGAAUGCUUUGGGGAAGCCAAAGCAGUUUCCCUUGACUUCCUGUUUAUAGUUCAGCAUGACAGAAAUGGAAGUCCUAAGAUAAUCAUAACACUGAGAAUCGUGUCAUAUUUAUAAGAGACCGUAAGAGGCUCUUGUCUGUGAGAACAAUACAUUAUUUUGGCACAUGCUUAGCUUACGUUUACCACUUUUCUCUCACCUUGACUUAGUGCAUGCAGUGCUCUUUAAGCCUGCCCCUUCAAUUGCUGUUGCAAAGGAGGCAGAAGCAGGGUACAUGUUCACCCUCCUGUCAAUCUUUGGAGAGUGCUGAUUGAGGAUUGUUCCUUGGCUUAGGCAGUAAAUUGCCUGCUCCCAGUUGUGGACAACAUACUAUGGAAGGAUACUUCAAGGAUGACCCUUAUAACAGUGGGAAGCUACUUUGGACCUGAUGGUACCAAAUGGAAAUAUGCUCAUCUAAAUGAUGACAACACUUACCUUCUUCAGAGAUCUGUGCAGUUUGAAUGGUCAGACUCAAAAGCAGCUCUGUAUAUGUGUUGCUUCUAAGUUGGAGCAUAGGCCUUGGGAAGGCAGAGGCUGCUUUCCUUGUUGCUAUGAUGGUGAUGGGUCGCAACCUGUCUCCUCCUUCCUGCUGUUAUUGGGCUCCAUUCCCUCCCAUUAGGGCUACAUCACUCCAAGUGACACUGAUAAUUGUCACUCAGUCAUCCAGGCCUUUGGAUUAGGGCAUGCAGUGAGCAGCAGCCCCCGAAAAUGCAUGUGACCCUGUUCCACCUUCUCCUUUAAUUGAACUGGCAGGUGAGCUAUGCUGAUGGUGAGUGAGAUAGAGAUGGGAGGGAGGUGCUUGGACAGGGAUCUGCACUCUGACCUCCCCUUGUUUGUUCAGUCACCAGCUGGUCGAGAUGAGAGUCGAGAAGAUAAAACCACCAUAAAAUGUGAGACUUCUCCUCCUUCCUCACCCAGGACACUGCGGCUGGAGAAGCUUGGACAUCCUGCUCUGAGCCAGGAGGAAGGCAAGAGGUAUAGGGGGCUGACAAGUGAGGGGAGGAGGGGCUCCGCCUACUGUAGGUAGCCAGUAGCGUACUGUAUGUUCAGUUACAUUGACAGGUGGAUCAGAGGUUAUGGAAAAGUAAUCUGAAAUCUUUUCCAAUUCAGUUAGGAGAGUGUCACAUUGGUGUUGCAGAAUAAAGUACAUACUUGAUCAACAUCUACAAAAGUUUCCUGCAGAAUAAAGUACUUGAUCAAAAUCUACAAAAGUUUCCUGUGUCUAAAGCUGAUUUUGUGUCCCAAUUCUGAUGAGAAAGGUACCAGAAUUAAAUGUGUACUGCAGUCUGCAACUAGCUGUUAGAAACCCAAGCAUGCACUUUUCAUUCCUUUGAGCUCCUUCAAAGAUAGAUGGCAAUAGCUCUUCAGAAUGUCCUGUAGAUGAUCUGACCUUUCCUUUGUGGAGAAAACUCCUAGUACAGGAUUGAUGAGGCAUAAUUGGAACAUUGAGGGCACAAGGAGAAGGGGACGACAGAGGACGAGAUGGUUGGACAGUGUUCUUGAAGCUACCAACAUGGGUUUGACCAAAUUGUGGGAGGCAGUGGAAGACAGGAGUGCCUGGAGUGCUCUGGUCCAUGGGGUCACGAAGAGUCGGACACGACUAAACGGCUAAACAACAACAAAUUGGAACAUUACAUCUAAUCACUGAAAUGUCCAUUAAAUGACAGGAAUGGUCAUGAAAAUGUGGCUAUAACAUCAGCUGUAGUUGAGUGGUUGGGUCAGUGAUGUAUCUCACCCUUAUAUGCCCACAAAUUUGUUCUUGGCCCUUUGCUUUCUGGCCUGUAAGUAUGGCGUUCUUUGCUCCUUGAUUGCAUGGCAUGCAAAUAGGUGUGAAUUUGAGAUGUGUGUGGUGAUUGUUUUAAUGACUGCGGAUGUCACAAAGGCAGUGAGACUUCCUAAGGCAGUAAGAGUCUCUGUUUAAUUCCUAAGAAGGGUGGGGAUCUCUGCCAGGUGAUAGGUUGGCUCUUUUCCAGACUGUUGGCUGUUAUCUUCUCAUUGUUCCUCUUAACUUUCUAACAGUACCUCUCCUUCCCAUGAAGGCAAAGUUGUUCGGAAAUGGAAGACUGAUGUUUUCUAAGACUUGUCCAUAGGGAAUUUCUAGGGUCUUUCUGAUAACUAUCAUUCUCUGUAUUUGAAAGAAUAACACAUCCCUUUACACUAGGGAUGGGGGACUGGAUCCAACUAGUGAGCCAGAUUCCUAAUUCCCAUAUCCGUGCAGGCCAACUUUGACAGUUGGACAUAAUGAUGUCUGGUGGUUGACAGCUGUCAGUGUUCAGAGGAGGAUGCUGUAGAUUCUGGAACCCCCGUUUGGAGGAAGCAGAGGAAAAAAAUGCUAUAUUUGGAGGAAGCAAUUUGAAUGAAAACUGUUUCCUCCCUUGGUUAUGCUAGGGAAUUUCCAAUAGGGAACUCUCUAGUGUAGCCAACCUAACAGGGCUCCCUGUCAGAGCCGUUCAGCCCUGAUUGCAGAGGAACAGUUGGGAGCUCACUUUAAAUUUCUGAUACUUCUUUUGUAGGCAUGUCUACAUCCUACCCACACCUGAUGUCACAUACAAUAUCAGGUGUGGGGUAAGUGGCCAUGGGGAAUGGCUUCAUGGCCAAAUAGGGACAUGUGUCAGGCUUAAUUAGGUCCAUGGAGGUUCACCACCCUUCCAUAGACAGAACUCCAUUUUCUGUCUUUCUCCCGUUUUCUUAUCCCCAGUCAUUUGGCACAUGUGGAUGCUGUCCUUCUAAACAGGGAGUGAUUGAACAGUUCACUGUGAAAUGUAUUAGGGAUGUUUUUUGUAAAAAGAAGAAAUGGGACUGACUCCAAGAGGGCAAUGGCAUUUACUUCAUUGUAGAUGCUGACAGACUGAAUAUCUUGCUGUUUCUUUCACACCCUUUAGCUUUUUAGAGGACCAAGCAAGUAAUCCCAGCAGCAGUAACAGCAGCCAGGAUUCUCUGCACAAAGGUUCCAAAAGGAAAGGCAUCAAAUCUUCUAUUGGGCGCUUGUUUGGAAAGAAAGAGAAAGGACGCUUGAUCCAGCUCAGCAGAGAAGGCGCUACUGGGCAAGGUCUUUGACUCUCUUCACUUGUUCUAAAGAAAGGUUUCUGGGGCAGCUGGCCAUUUUGGAUAGGGUUCUUUUUUCACUCACCCACCCUUAGUAAAAAGGAAAAAUAAAUGUCAGCCUGGAUAGCUCAGUAGGUUAGAGUGCAGUGCUGAUAACACCAAGGUUGCAGGUUUGAUCCCCGUAUGGGAUAGCUACAGAUUCCUGCAUUGCAUAGACUAGAUGAUUCUCAGCAUCCCUUCCAACUCUACAAUUCUAUGAUUCCAUUAUUUUAAGUGAUAAGAUCAGGACGCUAUGCCAGUUAUACCUUUUCCCUGAAUUAUUGUAAGACUCAGAUUUAAUUUCCCUUUAGUACUGGUGUGGAUCAUCUUUAUAUGGUGCCCAUGUAAGUAGCACAGUGCAAAUAAGGGAGGAAAUAAGGACAGGGGAAUCAGUGGGGAUGAGGAGCAGGUAGCACAAAAACUGUGGAGAUCCAUACAAGGCACUAAAAACACUGCAGCCUAUCUGAAUUUGGGCUGCUUAAAGCAUAUGGAAAUCAGCGUGAUUUUAGCAGUCCAACUGUGUGUAGGUUUGUAGCCAAAGUGGAUUCUGGAGAUGCAGAGCAGAUAAUACAGUUGAUGGCGUGAUGAUCAGUUGAAACUGCCUGUAUUCACAUGUAACACUAAGUCAUAGUUAAGUUCUUGGUAGCAAAGGAAAUGCAACAACUGGGAAAAUGAUGCAAAAUAUUUGUUGGGUAGAUAAAUUAGCUUAUUUUUAGUUUUUGGGGGCCCUAGCACUUGUGAGUCACAAUCUAAUCUAAUUCUUUAUCUAUUGUGUUUCUCAGUUAUGUUGACAGAUUCAGAGAUAAACAUACAGGACUCUCUUGGUCUUGGCAAACUAGGAGCUCAAGCAGAAAAAGACCGACGGCUCAAAAAAAAGUGAGAAUGCCUGCUUUAGUAUUCCCUUCAGAUACAGUGGUGCCCCGCAAGACGAAUGCCUCGCAAGACGGAAAAACCGCUAGACGAAAGGGUUUUCCAUUUUGGAGUUGCUUCGCAGGACGAAUUCCCCUAUGGGCUUGCUUCGCAAGACGAAAAUGUCUUGCAAGUCUUGAGAUUUUUUUUUCGCUUCCCCCCCCCUUUAUCUAAUCUGCUAAGCCUUUAAUAGCCUUUAAUAGCCUUUUAGCAGCUAAUCCCCUAAGCCUUUAAGCCUUUAAUAGCCGCUAAACCGCUAAUAGCGCUAAUAGCGCUAAUCCGUCAAUGGGCUUGCUUCGCAAGACGAAAAAACCGCUAGACGAAGACUCUCGCGGAACGGAUUAAUUUCGUCUUGCGAGGCACCACUGUAUGUUGUUUAAACAGACAACCUUCAGAGAAAAUUUAUUUGGCUGCCAAAUAAAAUGUACCUUUUGUACAUUGAACACAGAAUCUUUGUGUGGUGCAGAGGAUUCUGGGAGGUAUGCCAGGGUAAAUUCUUAUGUGGGGCACCAGCCAGCCCUAUUAGAACUAUCACACUUGGUCUGUAAGUGACUCUAGUUACUUUCUUGCAGCUACACUCUGCAAGAGAGUAUUGUUUAUCUUUUUAAAUCUAUGGUUUAUUAGGGUAGCUCAUGGAAUUCUCUCCCAAGGGAGGUGAAACUAGCCCCAUUCCAGGUGGCAUUUAAAUGGGCAGUGAACACACACUACGUGGUUUCUAAUGGUGUCUAAUAUAUGACUGGAGAUUUUCCUUCUCGUUUUUAUUUCAAGGUUUUAGCUUUAUUGUUUGCUACUUGAUUUAAAAAAACAAAACAUAAACCACUUGUUAGGACUGAAAACAGUAUAAUUUUUUUAUAUCAGUUUAUAAAUUACUGGCUGUGAACUGUUGAGUGCACAGCUAGCUAGUAAGGAAAUGGUUGUAUUACUGCUUACUGCUUCUCCUUCUAGACAUGAACUUUUGGAAGAUGCUCGAAGAAGGGGCAUUCCCUUUGCUCAGUGGGAUGGCCCAACUGUAGUCUCCUGGUUGGAGGUAAGCCUGCCUCUAGCUUCAGAUGAUUAAUGGUAUCUAGUAGAUGACUUUGGCUCUUUGUAGACAGGUUAUUUACCAUUUAUUUCAAUUAUUUGACUUAGUGUUUUUUCAAACAACCAGACUCUCUACCACACAUUGAAAUUAAUUCUCGCAUCUUCUUUAAAAUUGUGUCCCUAAAUUAGAAUAUAUUUUUAGCUAACCUAUUUGAAGUUGCAUAUCAAUGGUACAGUAUUGUGUUGUUAAUUUAAAGCAGCUGCCUUUUAAUUUCCCACCAGGAGAUAAAUUGCAGCCUGGUUCCUAUCUUCAAUAAUGGCUUCAGCCUCCCAAUUAUUCAUCUAUUUAUUUGUUGUAUUUGCCUCUGCCAGUUUCAGCAGGUGUGUUGCUGAGAAAAUUUUAAUUAGAUUUGCAAUGCAUUCUUAAACAUGUCUAUGCAGAAUUCCCAAUGAGAGCUUGCUCCUAAGUAAGUUGGUAUAGGAUUGCAGCCUUAUUGUAUUUGUUCUUCAAAACAAGUGAACAAUUUAAUGCUACCAUGUGUCACAAGUCAGGGCUGUAGAUCUUUUCUAGACAUAGAAAGUCCAUUUGUUUCAUGAAAGCAUAGAUGUAUAGUCUAUUAAAACAGAAAAAAGCACCUGAAGUUCACUCUAGAGUGGUGAAAUUGACUAGACCAGAAACUGCUUGAGUCAAUUUCAUCACUUUGUUUGUAUUGAACUAGGAAAAGUAUUGAACUAGUUCAAAAGUAUUGAACUAGGAACUAGAAAGAUGGAAUGGAAAACUUUUUUUUCUCUUGCAGAAAAUCUGCCCUUCCCUCUUUCUCUAUUUUGUUUAUUAAGCUACCAAUACUGGACCAAGGCUACUGUCACAACAGUGAGAAAUCAUUCCUAUUGCUCUCUAUCAAUACUCUCAGACUAACAAAGUGGUUUAACAAUAAUUCUGCUGUGGGGAAGGAUGAGUAUCUGAGUAGAGAUGUAAACAUAAGCUCACCUGUGACCUUCUGUGUUGUAGCUUUGGGUAGGCAUGCCUGCCUGGUAUGUUGCAGCCUGCAGAGCCAAUGUAAAGAGUGGUGCUAUCAUGUCUGCCUUGUCGGAUACAGAGAUCCAGAGGGAGAUUGGCAUUAGUAAUGCUCUUCACCGAUUAAAACUGCGUUUGGCAAUUCAGGAAAUGGUAUCACUAACAAGCCCUUCAGCUCCACCUACUUCAAGGACAGUAAGUGCUUCAUAUUGCAUUCUUGAGAUUAACAAACUGGCCUAGAAAACUGCAGUUGCUCAUUCUGCAGCCAACGUAAAGGGAUAAAACCCAAGCCUAAAGCCUUUUAGUGAGAGGCAGAGUAGUGCAGGCUGUUGCUAGCACAUUGUAUUCUGGUAACUUUUGUCGUCAGCGUUUGGUAAAUCUUGUGCCUCAGGUGUAACUGGUAAAAUUGAUCCAAGAAGGCUUGGCCCUUACUUCACCUUGUGAGAGCCAGUGGCUUUCACUAGGGGUUCAUUUAACUUAACAUACUUAUUUGCUGGCUGUAGUGGGAGCCUGUAGCCUUUCUGUCAAGAUGGCAGGUAAAAUUGCUCAAAGGUAUUGUACCUUGCCCACCUGUUUUCUCAUUGCCAGUAGACAGUUCAAAACAACCUUAUCUCUGGCUGGUAGCUGUUCUAGGGCUAGGUGUGCUAGACUUGUCCCUGUAAUUAGUGACUGUAACCUGUUCCUGUUCACCCAGGUUUUGGAGGGCUGAAGAAUACUAAAACUUAUUGUUUUUGGCAACCUUUGAAAUAUUAGUUGUGAUUAUUUUAGGUUCUGUUUAAAAAUAUUAAAAUUGACUUUUUUAUUUUGUUGUUUGCUGCCCUGAGCUCCUUUUGGAAGGAAGGGCCAGAUUAAAAAAAAAUCUAAUAAACAAACAAACAAUAUUCCCAGGGCACUAGCUGGAUUGGUUGUAUUUGAAGAGUGCUUGGCUCUCUCAGAAACUCAAUCAUAUUCUUGCUUUGAGUUCCCUGCUUACUGGGUUGGAAGUAGCAAUAGGUAGAAAUAUAAGGACUAAUUAACAUAUGCUGAGAGAUCUCGCUUUCCCCCUUCUUUUUUUCUGAAGAAGCAAAGGGCAUGAUGACUUAAUGCAAGAAUUUGGCAGAAGCAGGGGAGGCGGAAGGAAAUGGGGCAGAGCAGAUAGUAAGUGGGGCAGUGAGGCACAGGAAAUACAGGGCUGCAAUUACAGGUCUUCUAAUAUGGUUGAAAAUUUUAAAGAGAACUGCAUAUUCAUUCAGAUGGCUUGGUACAAUGUCUACCAUUUGGGAAGAAAGGAGGUCUUGUUCUUUAAAAGCCUCAAAUAUUUUUCUGAUUGAACUUAAUGUACAAAAAAAUCAGGAUCUUUUUCUUUAAUGUAAAUUGAGCAUGAUUUUUCAUAGCAUUAUUGUCAUUUCCACAGCCACUGAAAACUAUCUUCACCCAUACAUUAGCCAUGGUUUAAUUUAAGAUGACUUCAGAUUAAAAUGCUUUACUGACAUGAUCACAGUUGUUCCUUCCCCUCUCAUUAAUUUAUUUCAUCUUUCUCCCUAGUCAUCUGGAAAUGUUUGGGUGACACACGAAGAGAUGGAAACUAUGGCAACUUCAACCAAAACGGUAAGUUUCUUCUGUGUGAUAGUUUCCUUUGUAUAAUUUGUCCUUCAGUGUCUGAGAUCCCAGCCAUCUCAUCCUCAUAAAAACAGGCAGGGAAAUAAUUUUGCAUCUAAUCAAAAUGUAAGGCUUUUUCAGGACUAAUACUACAGUAUACCUAUUUCAGCAUACAGUCAUACCUCUUCUUGCAAACACUUCAUGUUGUGUUUUUUCGGCUUAAGAACGCGGCAAACCUGGAAGGGUUUACUUCUGGGUUUCACUGCACGCGCAGAAGCGUUCUACAUGGUUUGCACAUCCGCAGAAGCAUUCUGCAUAGUUCGUGCAUGUGCAGAAGCGCUCUAUCGUGCUUCGCACAUGCGCAGAAGUGCUGCUCUGGUUGCAGACUUUUCAGGGUGCGAAUGGCACCCUGGAAUGGAUCGUGUCCGCAACCAGAGGUACCACUGUACUUUACUCAUGAUGAGAAGUUGGUUCAAUUUUGGCCAGGUGAUUCACUUCUUUGAUAAAAAUACAAAAUGUAUUGUUGUUCAGGACACUGUUCAUAUUGUUGAGGGUUCAACAAUCUUUGAGCCAUCUUUGGUGUUUACUCCAUUGGAAACGUGAGCUAUAACUAAAUAUAUUAUUCUUUUCUAUCAGGUAAACAUGACCCACAAUAUUUAGGAACCCCCUCAGUAUGCAUGAUAACUGACUUAUUCUAGUUAACUGUAACUUUUAAGAACAUAUGCUUAAGCUUGAUUAUUUUGCUUCCCUCCCAUUCCCUUUCUCUUGUGUGUCAUGUCUUUUUAGAUAGUGAGCCUGAGGGCAGGGACCAUCUUAGAACUAAUUUUUGAAAGUUGCUUUGAGAGCCUUUUUGGUUUGGCAGGUUAUGAAUCCUGUAGAUUAAUAAUAAAUAACAGUAAAGGGUCUCUUUUGAGAUGUAUCUAUAAAAGGUGGCUGGCAGCUGUACCUUUGCCCAGACAAUAUUUAUGUAAUGUGACUGGCACGUUUCUUGCUCUUAAUUAAGCAGAUACAAGUGUAAUGUAUGUGGGUUAUGCCUAACAAGAAGCACAUAUAUCUGCCUCAUGUAGUUGGCAACUUGCUAUUCACCUAUUUGUGUGGUGACCACAGCCAUUGGUAGCUAGCAGUUGUUCACAGGUACAUGUCAGCAUCAUUUCCUUUUUUGUAUUUACUGCUUGAGAACAGAAGAUGAAAGGUAUACAUUUAUCAGGAAAACAAAUUAAUUUGUGGCUAUUGACAUAUUGUGGCUACUGUUCACCCACGUCAGCCUGGGAAAAGGAGAUUUUUUGUCUGGCACCUAAAGAUAUAUAACGAAUGUGUGAGGCCAACCUCCCUGUGGAGAGCAUUCCAGAAAUGGGGAGCCAUCCCAGAAAAGGCCCAUUUUUGUGCUGCCACCCUCUAGACCUCUUGUGGAAGGGAGCACAUGAAGGAGGAACUCAGAUGAUGAUUGCAGGGAUGGCGUCAGUUAAUAUGGAGAGAGGUGGUCCUAAGGUAUUUUGGUCCCAAGCCUUUUAAAGGUCAAAACUAGCACUUUGAAUUGGACCAGGAAACUACCGUAUUUUUCGUUCUAUAGGACGCACAUUUCCCCCUCCAAAAAUUAAGGGGAAAUGUGUGUGCGUCCUAUAGAGCGAAUGCAGGCUGCGCCGCUAAGCCCAAAGCCAGAACAGGAAGACGGAGCACUGCGGAGCGCUCCGUCUCGCUGCUCUAGCUUGGGGACAGCUGCGCGCAAACCUGUGCAGGGCAGCGGGGCGCUGCGCUCCAAAGGCUUCAGGGAUCUUUGAGGCUGGCGGUGGGGAAGCAGCGCUUCCCCACCGCCAGCCCCACAAGCUCUGGUGAAUGUACCUUGAACGCACCUUGUUUUAGAGGGGGAGAACAAGAAAAAAAAUUUUUUCCCUGUUCUCCCCCUCCUAUGAUCCGGUGCGUCCUAUGGUCCGGUGCGUCCAAUGGAGCGAAAAAUAUGGUAAUUGGCAGUCAGUGCAGUCAGACCAGGAUUGGUAUUACAUUCUCAAACCCUCUUGCCCUGGUGAGCAACCUGGCUGCAGAAAUUUGUACCAGAUGAAGUUUCCGAGCUCUCUUCAAAGGCAGCCUCACGUAACAUGCAUUGCAGUAAUUUAACCUAGAGGUUACCAGAGCAUAGACAAUAGAAGUUAGGUUAUCCCUUCCCAGACAGGGGUGCAGCUGGGCCAGGAGCCAAAGCUGAUGGAAGGCACUCCAUGCCACUGAGGCCACCUGAGCAUCAAGUGACAAUGGAUCCAGAAGUACCAUUGACCUGCGUACCCACUAUUUUAGAGGGAGUGUAGCUUCAUCAAGAACAGGCCACCCCCCCCUCCAUCCAGUUUAGGGAACCGUCUACUAACAGUGCUUACGUUCACACUGCCCAUUUUAAUAAGUCUUUUAAGAAUGGAUGUUAACGUUUUUGUUACUAUGCAGUGCAUUUUUGUGUUUUUAUUUUGUAAACUGCCCUGUGUGAAUGGUGAUAUAGAAAUUUAAUAAACAAUCAAUCCAUCAAUCUCCAGGAAGUUUCAUCUGCUCCUUCCUUUAGUGCAGCAUCUGUUAUUUAUCUCUUGAGCUUUGAAUAUGCCUCUCUGUUUGAGUCAUGUAACAUUAUGGUGGCAUGUGCAGUAUAAUAUGACUCUUUUGCUCAUUAUUGAGAGAUUCAAAAUAUUGCCUACAGUGAGAUCCCUCAUGUUAUGCAUGCUGAAGAAUGAGAGCCGGAAAGUGAAAUCAUAUUUGUGCUUGUGCCAUGUGUGUGGUCUGUGUGUGAAAGUAUCCUGAUUAUUUUGUUUUACACUCAUUGGAGAACCACUGUGGUGUAAUGGUUGGAUUAUGACCUGGGAGACCAGAGUUCAAAUCCCCACCCACCGGGCUAACCUUGGAUCCGUCACUUUCUCUCAGGGUACCCUACCUCACAAAGUUGUGAGGUUAAAAUGGAAAGGGAACAAGCAUGUACUGCACCUUGAGCUUUUUGGAGGAAAAGGUGGUAUGUAAAUGUAGUAAAUAAAAAUAAAAUAAAGGAGUCUCUGCUUGUAUCUUAAAUAUUGUCAGCCCCCAUAUGGUGAUAACUUACUUUGCCUGUUGUUUUGUUGACAUGCUGCAUUGUUACAUUUAGGACACUGAGGAGGGCAGUUGGGCACAGGUGAGACUUGUAUAUUAUCUUGCCUUUUUCCACUGUGCUUAGACACACAGAAUUAUGUGAAUGGUCAGAACACAUCAAAAUUGAUUCCACAAUAACACUUACAAUCUGAUUAUACCACCUUGCUUUUGUUUUGUUUUGUUUUGUUUUGUUUCAAUAAGAUGGGAAGACUUUUCUCAGUGAAGACAGAUGCAGAAUGCUCUUAACCCUGCUUACACUUUCUGAUUACUAAUGCUAUACAGUUUUCUCCAAACAGAAAAAAGUUUCCAUAAUAUAAGAGAGCUCUCAUUUCUCACCCCCUCACCUAGUUCCAUUACAGCUAUAGUUUUGCAAACCAUACAGAUCUACUCUAUUGAUUUACUGCUGUUUCCCACAUUAAUUUUAGUAUUCCUUGUUCUCAGCCAGAUUUGGAACACCUCUAAAUUCCUAUGCAAAGGGAGCGAAUCCCUGUGGCCUUUUGCUUCCUUACCAGAUGUGUCCUCAUUUUGCCAAUAGAAGGCAGACAUAAUAAAAUUCUGGCAUGCAUGACUAGGCCAUCACUGCUUCCUUUCUUUUCAAAUGUUUCUUCCCAAUCACUGGAAAGUCUGAAAGUAGAUAUAGGGUAGAGAUAGAUUCAAACCCUUCAGUUUAUCCAAACCCUUCAGUGAGAACGGCUUAUCUUAACUGGCUUCAGUGGGAAGCAUGUAUAAUAGAGCCCACUGCCCUAGGUCUUUAGACUUAACAGCAGGAUCCCGAAGCCACUGCAUCCAAAUGAGCUUGUAAGGAAGGAUCCCUGCACAGUACUUUGCAGCUUUGUUCUUUAUAUUUUGUGGUAUAUUUCUGCCCAAGGGGCUGAAAAUGGAGCACAGAUUAUGUAUGUUUUAUUCAUGAUUAAGGUUUUCAAGAUAUGCAAUAUUUAGGACACUGGUUGAUCCAAACAACUUGCCAAUGUGGUAUCACCAACAAUAUGAGAAUCUUUCAUCUCUGUGAUAAUCAUUAUCACACACAAUAGUGUAUAUAUAUUAUCAAGACAUCAGUAAACAAACAAGAUAAAUCCAAGACAUGAGAUUACUGUACCUUUAUUAAAUUAUUCUAAAUUACAUUUCUGAGACUUCCCAAUAGGAUUCUGUUAAUGCUUCUGAGGGACCUGCUCUUACAUUAUUCUUUUUUACUUUCAAAGACAUUGGCUUAUGGGGACAUGAAUCAUGAGUGGAUAGGGAAUGAAUGGCUUCCUAGUCUGGGUCUCCCACAAUAUCGCAGCUAUUUCAUGGAGUGUCUUGUGGAUGCACGAAUGCUGGAUCAUCUGACUAAGAAAGAUCUUCGAGUGCACCUCAAGAUGGUGGACAGUUUCCACCGGUAAGCAAAUUCUUGGAGGGUUAUUGUUUCAUCCCAGGAAACUAGAAUUUCUUGUAACCAAUUUAAGAGAUGUUUAAUGUGCUCAUUUCCCACCCUGUCCCCAUCUGAACGUAUCUCACCUAAAGUCUUUCAGUCAGUUUAUUCUUUUGGAGUGAAGCACACUGAUGAAGUUGAGAUUGGUUUGUGUGUUUACUAUAUGUAUUAGAAAUUGCAUGUUAUAAUAUACUUAAAGCAAAAGAGGAGAUGAGUGCAGUGGUUAUCAUUUGCAAUGAAACUACAAUAUAGUGCUAUGCAUAUUUGCCACAGACUUAAAAAACAGCAACAAAACCUUUGGAAAUAGAUGUGAAGAGUUUCCCCUGUUAGCAUAAGUAAUUGGGGGGGACGGGACAGAAACACAUUUUGGGUUGUGUGGUUUAUACAGCGAUCUGGGAUGGUUACAGUGCAUUCUCAAGCCUUAUUUGUGUGGAAUUAGAUGGCACAGUUCGGAUUAGCCCUGCUGAACAGUCCGGAGCACUGUCUUAGGCUUCCUUUUAUUUCUUAGGAUUUGUGGUUGCCACCCUCCUUAAACCUGUCAGGCUUUUGGAAAUCUGCAACACUCACACAGAAGGAGCUACUCUCUUCUUUGCCUGUCUAUGCCUGACUGUGCUCUUAAUAGGGCCAGAUGCUGUGGGGCUUCCCCUGCAGCUGCUUUUUUCCUCCUUCCUUCCUUUCCCCCUCAAUUCCACACCUCUCCCUCAACAGUUGUGCUUUAUCUCUGUCCACUGGGAGAGGAGACAGACCUUGUUUAGCACUGGUUGAGCCUUCAAGGACUCACAGAGGCAUGGCACAAGUGCUGCAACCUCCUCACAGUGUCUUAUAAUUGCUGCAAUUAAAUAUAAUAAAUGAUGUUUCAAAUAGUAAGAUUUUGGUUUGAAAUGCAUUGAAGUAAGUGCUGCAUUGUAUCAUUGCAGCACAAGCCUGCAGUAUGGUAUCAUGUGCCUGAAAAGACUAAACUAUGAUAGAAAAGAGCUGGAGAGGAGGCGGGAGGAAAGCCAGCAUGAAAUCAAAGGUAGGUAACAAUGAAGAGAUCUGCUGGUGGCAGGCUUCAAAGGAACAAGACAAUGAGACUGAGCUCUUGAUGCCAUUUUGCUUUCCCCUUCUUGAGGCAUCAUCAGUGCUGUUUUACAAACUCAACAUUUGUCAGUUGCAGGGGAAGCUGGCAUCUCUUCUACUUCGAUUACUUCUAGAGGCUUUUCAGCCACUGAAAAACUGUUUCUGUCAGAUGGUACCUGCAUUUGUUCAUUAUAAUUUUCUGUGGAUUUCUCUUUAUUGGUUGGCUCAUGUUUACUACGUGGUUGGGGCACCAGCCUUCUAUGUUCUGCAUUUUAAUUUUGUCCUCCUGGGAUUUCUUCCUUCAAUGCUAGAGCUCUGACCAUUCUGUUUUGGGUGUAUGAUAAUGUGAACAAAUGAGACUGCUACACUUUGGGCAAUGUGACUGAUAGGUGCAAGCUUAGGAAAAUGCUAUAACCUGCCUGUUUUUAAUCUUGUGGCUUCCAUUGCAAAUUUUAAACAAUAUAUCAGUCAUUGUGCUUUUUCUAUUUUUUCUUAACCAACUUAUGUGGACUUAAAUAUUGUUGUGUUUUGUCCUGAAUGUAUGGCUUCACUUCCUUCUAGAUGUGUUGGUUUGGACCAAUGAUCAAGUAAUUCACUGGAUUCAGUCUAUUGGGCUUAGAGAGUAUGCAAACAAUAUUGUUGAGAGUGGAGUCCAUGGAGCCCUCAUAGCAUUGGAUGAAAAUUUUGAUUAUAAUAGUCUGGCACUUGUGUUACAAAUACCCACUCAGAAUACUCAGGUAGGAAACUGAUGUUUUUAGGAUGACCAUUAUAUGUUUCUUUUUAAAGAGAUCUGAGUUGGAUGUGUUUUUAUUAGUGGCAGCUGGCAUCUCCAAAAAAUAAGGAGUCUACAAGUUUCCCUGCUAAGUUACUUGCCCUACGUGCCUCAUUUGGUUGAUUCUCCCCAACACUGUUCCUACUGACUUCACCUAUGGAAGACCCUGGUCACCCAGCUUAUUGGCCAGGCAGAAUGACAUAGUGCUGUUGUCUUCUUUCCCUGUUUAUAAGCUUCCCAAAGGCAUUUGUCAGGGCACUGUUAAAAACAAAUUUCUGGAAUAGAUGGAGACAAGUGAUUUGUCCUAGGCCACAAACUAAGUUACAGAGCUGGAAUUGAAGUAGCAAGCAUCAACCACUUGUUUGGCCCUACAAUUGUUCAGCAGCACAACAUCUAUUUCACUGAAGGCAAACUAGUGAAGCUGAGAAAUGAAUGACUUGCCCCAAAGUGCAUACUGCAUACUGCAUACAAGGCAGAAAGUCUAUCUUGUCCACCAUCCUUUCCCCCACAGUGGUUAACCAGCUGCUUUGGGAAGACUACAAACAGGACAUAAAGGCAAUAGUCCUUUCCAUGGAGAGAAAGCAACUUUCAAGAAAUAUUUCAUUUACUAUGACUGGAAAUUUGGCAGCACUGUUAGUGCUGUUUUUGUUUUGAUAGACAACUAUUGUUGGCUUAUCUAAUGUUUUUUGCAGGCACGACAAGUGAUGGAGAGAGAAUUCAACAAUCUGCUUGCCUUGGGCACUGAUAGGAGGCUUGACGAUGUGAGUACAAAGUACUAUCCUCUGACUAAAACAUGCUGGGAAUUUGAGAAAUUUUGGGCCCAUACUGUUGGCUAAGAAACUGAUGAAGCAAGAGAAGUGUUGGAAGUAGGACUGGCAGUGCAGUUAUCUUCUGUGAAGGAACAUUGUAAGUGCUGAAAUUCUGUUCAUGAAGAGAGCAAGUGCAUUUGGUAAGCCAGAGAGAUUUCAACUUGCAGACAGGUGUAGGAUCCCCUGUUAUGAAAUUGUCUGCUGUGAGAAGAGCUGGAACCCAGGCUGCCUUCUCACUUCUUAUGUGAGAAAGGAUUGGUGUUAGUAGAGCCUAUGCUGCUUACUUUUUUUUUUUUGUAAAUCUGCAAGGAAAUUCUGCUUGCCAUUCACUUGUGCAUUGGCUCCAACAAACCUGCUCUUCUUUCCUUUAGGAAAUGUAAUACCAUCCCCGCAUGAAUGUUCCUAUUUUAGUUUCCCAUAAACCAUUUUCUGUUGAAUAGGACUAUAAACUAAAAUCUGAGCAGCAACAUGGUUGCAUACAUUUUAAAUCCAUCCCACUAGUCAAAAUGAUGUAAGUAUGUUGAUAGACAAAAGCUCAGUCUGUGGACUAUCUGAAAUCUACUCCCCUAAGUAGUAGGAAUCAUUGUUUUCAUACUGCUCUGGACAAAGCUCUGAAGACCAGUGAUGUUGAAAACACUCCUACCUUCAGCUGGGACCUCCUAGCCCUCCUUUGUCAUAACUUCUUGUGAACCAAACCCCAUGAGGCGAGGAGCUGCUCUCCCUGUCAACAGCAUGAUCUCGUACUAUUGUAACAGAAGUGAGUUUACACAGACACACUGCUCUGUGGAGUACAACCUUUUUGUAUGCUUUGUGAAUCACUGUCACACUGCUUGGUGUACCAAAGUUAUCUGUAUUGGUCAGUCAAUAAAUUAUAAACACUGGACUGGAAAUAUAUUGAAGGGUUUCUUUAAACUUGGGGAUCUGGGAACAUCUUGAUGUAGUUGACAGUUCUGGCUGAGCCUUUUAAAUAAUCAUUAUAAGAUCGUAUCAACACACAUCUUGCAGACAUAGUUGAGGGAGGGAUAUGGGAGGGAGGAUGGAGUAUCUCCUGGAAUGCUUAGUGCAACAAUAGAAGACACUAACUGUUCCCUCAGUGAUCCUAGCGCAAAGCUAUAGGUGACAGUAGCGCAUCCUAACACAGGUCAUGCCAAAUUCUUCUAAAGCAACGGGCAGUAUGGGGAGUUUUAAAGUGCAGCAUGGGGAGGCAGGAGGGAGAGCGAAACACUUACUUGCCCUCCCCUCACAUCUUUUCCCCAGCAGUUUUUCUACCAAGAGGAGUUACUUUUGGCCGGAAAUUAGCUAUUUCAUGGGGAAAGUAGUGCACGGGUAUACUUCUUACGGAACUUUGGUUGAUUGCAGCUGCUUGUUGAGUGUAAGCCUGAGGGUUUCCUCAGUGUAAUGCAUGAAAUGAUCCAUUCAUGAGAAGAAACUCUGAAGUGAAGCAUUAUUCAAGGACAAGGGUAAGGUAUGGAUUUCGCCAGCAAUCUGUUGCAUUUUCAGGAAGGGAAUGUAUGAAGUGAAAAGAACUGGCACACACCUGAGCAUUGCAUGUGCAUUUACCUCACUGAAAUGUUGGCUGUAUAGGAAUACUAUUAUAGAUAAACAUACAAACAUCUGGGGACCCAAGGUUGAAGACCACCUGUUUAGAUGAUGAAUAUUGCCACCUAAAAUUUCAAAGUGAAAUAGAAAUUAUUCAAAUGGUUCCCCAAAGCUGAAAACUCUAUUCUCUGUUCAAGAAGAAAAAUCUGGUAUAUAUACAUACUGGUUACCUAUCUGGUUUCUCUUGAUGGUGCAUCCUUCUUAUCCAUAACUACAUUCGGCUGCUUUAGGAUAAAAUCUGUGGUACGCUCAGUUGUCUUUAUGUGAGUUAGGCAAUAUAUCCUUUUGUGACUUAGUCCUCAUAAAAAACAGUAGCAACAGCUGACAGUGUACCACUUCCUGCAUGAGCUGAAUAUUCUGGAGUACUUUGGAGUUAUUUUUCAAGUGGUUCUGUUAUUCCACUUCAACAUUUACACUCAUAAGAUUUUGCAAGCUAUUCUACUUUCUCAUGUAGAGUCAUCUUGACACUAAGAUUAUCACAUAGACUAUCCAUAAAACAUGCCCUGAGGAAUGUGUAUGUGUUUUUGAUGCUUCUAAAGCACUCAUAAUGUGCAAAUUGUAGGUCAAAAAUAAAAACCCUUGUGAGGAUCUACUCAUUCUAAAGGGGUGAUCCACUGUUUACAGAGUGAAGAAAUACCAGUGGCUUAAUCUUUAAAGCAACAUUUUUCUACAGAGAGAUAAUCUCUGUGCAGGUAAUAUUUACACCAUGUACACCACAAUUUUGGAAGGCAAUAGCUUUAUUUUGUCACAGUUACUCGUGAUGGAAACUGGUGUACAGAUCAGAUUCAAUGUUCAUGUAACUGAAGCAAAAUCAAAUACUGUGCCAUUUUCAGACAUCAUUACUAUGCACACUUUUAUUUUCACCAAAGUGUUGGUUUUGAAGGCAGAAAAUCCAAACUUCCUCCAGUGGGUAAAUGUAUAAUAAACUAUAUCAUCAAAAAUUUACAACCAUUUAAUGAAACUGCACAAUCUACUACCUGAGGUUGGCUGGCGCCUAAUGGUAGGGCAGCUGAUGAUAAGCAGAUCAUAAAGUAAGAAGCAACAUUCUCUAGGAGAGGAGAGGACACAUAGGAUGGUAUGUUCAGCUUUCCACAAUAUAGGGAAGGUUCUGUCAAUCAGAUGCAAUGGAUUCUGUACCUUCAAAUCUUUGGAGAUGGAGGAAGUUUCUAAGUGAUAUACAGGUAAGCACACAGAUCUCUGUGAGCUUCAGUACUGGUAAGUAUGUUGCAAAUUACUGUAUAGAGACCCAUAAUCUCCACUUCAGAAAUGAAAUCAAAUAAUCUGGCUAUCACAGCAUAACUAAUACAUUUUAGCCCAGAAUAGGAGCAUGUGCUUUGUAUGCACUAUUUGUAGCCCAGCCCAAAUUUUGCAAUUGGGAGGAAUUCAAUAUCACAGUAUUGCGAACUUUCUGUCUAUGCAAGCGUUUCAGUUUGCCAGAUGGAACAAUAGCCCCUUCCCUCCCACGCUGAUUCAGAGGUUCUCUUGACUGCCCUCCAGAACCAAUGGGGGGGGGGAGUAUGGAGGAAAAGCCCCUUGCACAUGGUUAGGUGAACUCCACCCAUUACCUUUUUGGCCCCAGAAGGAAGUUUAAAAUAAAAUAAAAUAAAAUAAAAUCCCAGGGUUUUAAAUGUAUUGUUAGUUUAGUAUGCUGUCACUUUGAUCUUGCAUUUUACCUCAUUUUUGUCAUUGAGCAUCAUUGCUGAAGGGUGGUGUAUAAACCAACAAGCCUUCCCCCAGUGUCUCAGACAGCAUAUAUGGGAAUUAUCCCACUUUAUCUCUUUGCAGUGGAUUAGAUAGAGGAUGUGUGACUGGUUCAAAGUUACUCUGUGGUUUUUGUAGCUGAGCUAGAAUUUGAACCCAGGUCUGACCACAUCACAUCCAACAUUCAGUCCUCUGUGCUACAAUGGGAAUGGGCUAGAGGGGAGAAAUCCCCCAGAUACUCUGAUCUCCAUGUACCCAAUUUCUACUAUCUGAGGUGGAGUGAUAGUUACAGGCCAAAGGCCGGGUUAUAGAGGUUUUGCCUGGUACUUAAAGAUAGAUAAUGAUGGUGCCAGGUGAACCUCCAUGAGGAAAGCAUUCCACAAAUGAAGAACCACAGAAAAAGCCUAUUUUUGUGUUGCCACCCUCUGGACCUCUGGUGGAGGUGGCACAUGAAGAUCAUGAUCACAGGGUCCCCAUCAGUUCAUAUUCAACAAGGUUUAUACACCAUUCAAUUAAACAUUAAAUAAAUCUCUCAGAGGUUUGCAUCAAAUAGUAUAAAAUACUCAUAAGAAACUGCUGAAAAUAUCAGCAGACUUUAAAAACAAGUAGACAUAAUAAAAUGAUCAAAUUAUAUAAAUAAGAUCUGAGUUCACAUAAUGAAAAUACAUGUCUGGGUAGGCUUUCCUAAAGAAAAAGGUUUUUAGAUUGUCUUGAAAACAGUACCAGCAAGUUGCUUGCCUGAUAUUAAUAAGCAGUCAGUUCCAGAGCUUAGGUACUGCCUCAGUAAAAGACUAAUUCAUCGCAAGUGUGGAACAGACAUUAUAUAGCACAUACAAAAGUUGGGUGGUCAAAUGGGCACAAAUGGGGUAAGGUGAUCCUUCAAGCAAACUGGUCCUAAGCUGUUGGCAGCUUGAUAUAUUGCCAGUAAUAUCUUGAAUUUGUUCUGCAGCCAAUUGGCAGCCAAUGCAGAUCUUUGACCAGUGUUAUAGUAUACUGAUAAGGUCUCCUGUCAGUAAUCAUGCUGCAACAUUCUUUGCUAACUGUGGCUUCCAAAUUCAAGGACAAAGGAAGCCCCAUGUAGAGUGCAUUGCAGUCAUCCAGUCUUGAAAUUACCAGUGCCUGGACAACUGUGGUCAAGCUAUCCCAGUCCAUCAAUGGCAACAGCUGUUGUACCAGCUGGAGCUGAUAAAAGGUGCACCGAGGCUGCCUACGCCUCUAGUGACAAAGCUUAGAUCCCCAUUAGACUACGUAGUUUCAGAGUGCAACCCUCUCUACAGCAGGCAGCUGACUAGUUUCUCAGAAACUGGGACCACGUGCCCAGAGCACCUUCAUCUUUCUGGGACUCAAAUUCAGUUUAUUUUCCACAGCUAGCCCACAGCAGCAUUCAGGCACAGAAUCCCCUAAUUCUGAAAUGAAGAAACUGUGCUGAGUAUCAUCAGCAUGCUGAUAGCAUCAUGCUCCACAUUGCCUCAUCCUCUAGUAUUAGAGCUAAAAUAGUACCCUGCAGCACUCCUUAGCAUAACUGCCUGGCGUCUAAAAAGAACUCUUCCAAUGCUGGUCUUGUAGAUAGCGCUGGAGCCAUUGUAACACUGUGCCCCAAUUCUCAUCCCACAGAGCUCAUCCAGUAGCAUGUAUAUGUCCUACUUUGGAGGAAUAAAACCCCUGCUCUAGCCCACUUAGCACAGUGCUAUAUUGUGUUUCCUUCUCAAGGGCAUACCUAGGAGACUCUGCUGGCACGGAAUAGUUCUCUCUUUUGCAGCACUGGAGCUGCAGACUACUCUGCUCAUCCAUAAAGGACUCUGCCUAGGCAGUAAAUGUCCCUCAUCUGUCUUCAAAAUCAAGUUACUAACCUUGUGGCUUCCUAAGGCACUAAUGCUUCUCUCCCCAACUCUUGACUGAACUGUCUGUCUGGGGAGAAGAAAUGUAUUAUGUACCUUGAGGGGCAUUUAUUAAUCUACUUAAGGGAUGGGCAAACUCUUUUCUGUCAGAAGCUGCAUUCACAUGGGGAUAAUUUGGGGGGACUGCAUGCUGACUCUCUGGGCAGGGCUAAAGCCAGUGAUGAGUGAGACCAGAGCCAAAAGUGGACAAGGCCACCCUUUUUCUCUUUUUCUGACACACACUCCUCUCUCCCCUUUCUACUCAGUAGGCUGCUGGGGAGAGACAGAUCGCACUUUCCAGAGGCCUGAACAAGUCACUUGCACAGGGCUUUUGAAAUUAGGCCUAUGAUUGCCCACUUCUGAUCUACUUCAAGGUUUUUUAAAGUGUAGAACAUGAGUUCUACCAUAUUCAAAGCUGAGCACCCAUAAUUUAAAGGAAUAAUUUAGUGAAGGAGUGGGCAUUGCAUUUUGUUUGGUCAAGCCACCCAGAAAGCUGUUCUGCUGUUGCCAUUUUGAAUACAGCUGAAAAAAAAUGAGCAUGGAAGUUUUGAAGGGAGUAUGGCAAUGCCAUAUACAGAGUUUGGUUUAAAGUUUUUAAGUGUUUUUAAAUAAGUAGCUAGAGAGAGUACAUUACGGGGACUUCCUCCCUUUUGGAAGAGGGAGAGAAUGUAUCUCGCGUAAUAUUGCAUCUCAUAGUACUAGUGCAUUCCAUAAUAACAACCAAUUUUGUGGUAUUUUCAACUGGAGAUGAAUUUAAAUUUUAAAACAUUUAUUCUAAGGCAACUAACUAAAAUAAGAAUACACACGCAGUAAAAAAAGUUACAAAUACAAUGAAAACAUGGAAUGCAUUGUUAUUAACUAGAAAAGCAGCCAAUGAUGAGCUGGUAAAACCAUAAGAAUGACCACUGAAAUUAGUAAAACAGGUUUCAUUUAAGCCACUAAAGAUAUAAGAAAGAAGGCUUUCACACUGCGGUGGAAGGCUAUCAAAGAAGCAAUGAGGCAGACUUACCUGGGCAGGGAAUGUCAGAGCCUGGAGUCAGCCACUGACAAAGUCCACUCCCUCCUCACAGAGAGCAGAAGGGCCUCUGUUGAUGACCAUAAUACUCAAAGACACUUGUAUUGGGAAAGGCAGGUCUUUGAUUUUCAGCAAAUAAAGAAUGAUAAGGAAAUGGUAAUUUUGCUCUGAACUUGUGAAGACCCUGGCCUGUAUUUAUUUAUUUAAGCUAUUAUAUACUUGGCUUUUCUGGUUAAGUUUCCCAAAGCUACUUACAGCAAUAGAAUAGAAUAUUAAAAAUCAAAUAAAACACUAAGAAUACCCAGUAGCUUUAAGAACCAACAGAAGGCAAUAAAAAUAGAGUGCCUUCUAGAAUAAACAUGUUCUUGUGCCUUAAAAAAAUGGGAACACCUCUGAUCUCUCUAGAGGGAGAAUUCCACAGGUGUGGCAUCACCAUUGGUAUUCACCAGUCAGAAACUGGCUAGUGACAGGCCAGAGAGAAUAGCUCUAGAUGCUGAACUGUGAAACCUGGCCAAUUUAUGUGAGUGAAUUGGUCAUGAUUGCUAAGAUUUCACCAGCUUAACAUUAUUUGCUUCUAUUGUAAAAAUGCAUUUUGGGAGCCAUCAAUGCAAACACGGAACUAGUGUCAUGUGCUUGGAGUCUAGAGAGGCUAGCAGUCUGUUUCCUAGGCUCUAAAUGAUUUUAGAAAUGGACUAAUUCAAAGCCCAGUUAUUGGCCCCAUCCCAUUAGGAUGAAGAGAUUUUUAGGCAGAAAUGACUGGCAGAAUCCGAGACCAGGGAGAAGAGUCGGUGGAAGAAGAUUGGAAGAAAUUUAAAGACUAUUUACAGAAAUAUUGCAAAAUUAAUGAAUGUUAGAAUGAUGUCAGAAUGAAAUUAAGUGGUCUUAGCAGCAAUGCUAUAGGUAUAUGUACAAACGGAUUGUUAACAGAUGAGAAUCUAAAGCUAUAAUAUGUUAAGUUAAAGGAUUAAGAUAAAAACAAAGAGGGAAAGGAAUCGCUGAAUUAACUAAAUAGAACUGGAAUACAAAAAAGGGAGGUGUGAGGAAGUCAGGGAAGUAAGGAAAUGAAAUGUAAGUUACGGAAAGAACGAUGUGUUUUUGUUUUUUUUAAGUGUUUUCUAUUUUCUAUUUUCUAUUUUUUUCUUUUUUAUUUCUUUUUCUUGUUCCUUUUUAUAUAUGUAAUUUUUUCUUUGAAACUUUAAUAAAUAUCAUUUAAAAAAAAUAGGAUGAAGAAAUUUUUAGAUUUUUUUCCCCAUUUUGUGUACUGCGUUCCAAUUGCUUUGAUUGCCUUAAAAAUGAAUAUAUCUCUUUUAAUGAGGUGUUUUGAUUUUACCUCUGAAUGUGAAUCUUCAGCAGCUAUCUAUGUGUUUAAACAACCUAUUUACCCUUAGCAAUAUGCAAUAUUUUUGUUUUAGAGGUCACAAUGAAGAAACUUUAAAAGGAAGAAAAUAAGGGGCUAUGAGGAAUGAUGACACUGGGCAAUCUUCUUUGGGUUAUCACACUCUGAAAUCAUCUUUUGUGAUGAAUUUUUAAAAUUUUAAGAGGGAAACAUCUAGGGGUUAUAGGCAAGGAGGCUGGCUUUAGAAAACUCAAGGCAAACACUUUUUAAAAAAACUGAUACUGAAUCACAAACUUUGGCACCGGAUUAGAAAGUACGUAAACAAGGGAUUUGGUCAUUUCAAGUAAACAACAUCUUCUGUUAUUCUGGCAAGUCAACUCUUAUUUCUACUCGAAGCAAAUUGAAGUAAAUUUGAAUUCUUUCACAUUUCUGUUAAUCACCGUCAGCAUCUCAGUAUUGUGUCAGUGAGUGAAGGAAAGAAUAAAGUCCCCAAGGACUUCUCAUUAAUUCUCCAUAACUGUGUUCUGCUUAAGUUUCCUUGUAUCUGAGAUAGAAUUAUCACUUGACCAAGACAAAUGCUGGUUUAAAACACUAUUGGUAUAUUGUUAUCUUCAUUAUCCCACUUUGUAGGAUGGCCAAAUUUCUAGAUGGUUUCCAUAGGGAAAUAGAGCCAAUUUCUGAAAAGUAUGCGACUCAGUUAGAAAAUUAGAAUAUAAUCCUUGAGAGAUUUCUCACUGAAUGCUGAAGUUUUUGUACUAUUUGACCCCAUAAAAAGGAGAUUGAAAGCCUAUUCACACAAUUUCAUUGAGCUGAUUUGUGCUGUGUUCAGCAUGAAAUAUAGAUUAUUUCAUCCAAAUCCUAGCUUGCAACUGAAUCCAAAUAUAUUACAAUACCACAUUUUAACCCACUUUCAAAAUCUUUGCAUCAGUGUAGUCUAUGUGAGUUGAGGUGGAUAUAUAAUGAAGCAAUCACACAACCUACUUUAUCAACAUGCCUAUUUGGUAAUGAAGAUUCAGCCAGUGGACAAAAUGUAGAAGAAACAUGGGUUUUGGCAUGGCACACUGAGCAAAUUAAGAACAGAUAUACACCAGUAUGUGGCAGACUAAUUGCAGGAAACAAAAUGUGCACUGUGGAGUCUUGUCUUAAAGUUUCAGGGGAGGCCAGUUUGAUGCCAGGGUACUGACUGAUAGCAGUUGUGUGCCAAAGAGCAGGAUGAUGGCAAAAUGGGUAAUCCAGUCAGAGUCAACUCUGCUUGUUCCCAGCCAGGAAAGCAGGACAGAGCAAAAGGCAGCUUGUCAGUACCUUGGACAGCUCACAGUGGCCAGUGCUGCUAGCUAAGAUUCAGAGAGAUGUUGCCUCAGAGGCAUGCCCCAAACCCAGGAAAACUAGCUGGUCUGCCCCAGCCCAACUCCCUUCAAUGAGUUCUCUGUCAAUGUUUUUCAGACUUUGCCGAUCUUCCUGUAGCAUAAGAGACCUGCACAAGUCUUUUCCUUUCCACAAAUGCCAGUACUUACUGCUUCUCCCUGAGGAAGGCCUACCUGAUUGCUUUGCUUGGUAUGUGGUAUAAUCUUCUCUUUCCUUGCAGGGUGAUGACAAGACUUUUCGGCGAACUCCCUCCUGGCGAAAGCGCUUCCGCCCCCGAGACUUUCACAGCAUCAGCAUGCUCAGCGGAUCAGCAGAGACGCUCCCAGCAGGGUUCCGAGUGACCUCCUUGGUGCCCCUUCCACCUCCUUCAGCACCACCGAAAAAAAUGCCACCAGAAGGUAAGGUCCAGCUUUGCUCUUGUUCAUGAGAGAUGAAUAAGACAGUUUCAAACCGCCAAGUGUUUGGAUGCUGCAUGGUGUGUGAUCUUUGAUGAUAAGAAGCCCAACACUCUGUUUUCCUGAAUAAGAUUGUCACUACUAAUUGGACUUCUAACAUGGUUUGCCUGCCCAGACUACAUAUGGACCUUACUUUUGGUUUGUGAACUCCCUGCAUCUGAUGCUGGUAUCAGAGAGUUUAGAUAGGCACAGAAAGUUCUGAGAACAGUUGAUGUCCCAUUUGAUCUUGCCAAGAUUAUCCCUUUCCGAAUCCCAUGCAGGGGAUUUGCUUAGUUGCUUUAGCCCAGGGAUGAAGGUAUGAAAAGAUAAAUGAGAAAGCUAUUUUGUAUAUUUUGAUGAGUUUCUAAUCAGUCUGGAAGAAAGGACCUUUCAAGGAUCUGAUCUUGCAAAUUGGGUAUGUUGCUCUGUGGUGUCCAGCUGAUGUGAAUUUACACCCUCACAUAAUAGAACAACUCCUUUCCCUCCAGUUCUGCUCCAUGAAUAGCACCCUUGGCUGCUUUAGACUCCUGUCUAUUUAGUCAUUCAGUGGUCUGAAAUUUUAUUUCUUACUGAGCUCUGAAGCCGUAUACCUCUGAUGAUAGGCAGCUGCACUUUCAUGCCUUUUAAAAAGCAUUAGUUAGUACUUUUUAACCGACUAAACUUGCUUAAUUGACUUUAAUUGCUCCUGACCUUUGUAAUAAGCCAAGCUAGGCAGUCAGGCAACAGGGAACCAAGAGUUUAAUGGUGUGCUUUGCAUGAGAGCUCUGAUCUCACUAAUUGCAUGCUUUUUAUGUGUUGUUGCUAAAUGGUUUGCAGUUGGUGCAUCUGGGUCCCAAAGGCUGGAGACAUCCACAGUUCGCACAUAUUCCUGCUGAGAUUCAGUUUCCAAUGGGACCAUUGGCCCAGGGCCCAGGUAAGUGUAGAAAUUAGGGUAGAGCAGCUAUAUUCUAAGUAGUCUAGAGAACUUCCAGAAACUAAUGAAAUAAACCAGAAAUCAAUUUCUCUGUCUUCAGGCUUCUAAACACAAUUUUUGUUGUCUGCCUUAAAUCACUUGCAGGGAAGCUUCCUGUAUCACCAGUUCAGCUUUUUGUGCUAUAUGUGUGAGAGUCAGUAUCAUGACAAAAGAAGUUGCGCAGGAGAUUGUGCUGUAUUCCCAUGUUUGAACUGCAGCACCCCAGUGGCCUCACCAUUUCCUCUAGUCCAUGUCAGACCAGAGGACUCAGCACAGUUGUUAUAUAUCUGAUGGGUGCCAGAUUUAUUCAUUCAACAACCCUAGUCUCAACAACAACAAACAUGGGCUUCAACACUUUAGCUCUGUCUUGGUGUUUGCAGGAGCAGUUGUUAGCACAGCAAUAACUAGCAUGUGUUAUAGGUGAUUUCUCAAUGCACACCAAACAUCCAGUACUGCUUCAGUGGCCUCUCUUUGUAGGGCAAUAAGGCACAGGCACAUUUUUCUUCAGAGAUAUUGCAAUCCAACAUUUAAAUAAUAGAAAGCAAAGACAAGUGGACAAUCCAUGGAGCCUAUACAAUAAGCCAACAUCCAUGAAGAAAGAGAAGAGAGACACCAACAAGCUUAGAUCUAGCUUGAUUUCAGAUUAAACCUCUGAAUCACCAAAACAACUUAUAGCAAUUUUAUCUAACUCCUUUUCCCCAAUUUGUUUUAUAUAUAUAUAUAUAUAUAUAUAUAUAUAUAUAUAUAUAUAUAUUGCAGCCAGUACAUAGAGGGCCACUCAGUGUGUUAUGAAGCUAUUAUUGUCUCUCAAAAGAAACCAAACAUUUUCUGCCAGAAGAGCCAGUCCCUUAGUUGAUACUUAUUUAAGGUCAGUGCAGAGCUCAGUUCAGAAAGAGAAUAAUCGUCUAAAACAUAUUGACAAGCAGUUUUCCAGAGUUGGUUAUCACCCAAUUCUAUAUAGCACAGUGCAGGAAAGAACUUAAUUGGCAUAGUAGCUGUUCUUUUAUUAUACUUGAUUGAGUGCAGUCCACUCUUGGCUUAAUUGUUGGCCACCCGGGUUCUGUACGAAGAAGAACUGCUGAUAUUCCUGAUGGUAGAGGGUAUAGCUUCUGAAAAAAAUAUUGUGCACAGUUUCUAAAACUUUAAUGGAGUUCAUACAUUUCUUUUAGAUGUGUUUGAUUCAGCAGAGAACCAUAUAUUGUUGGGCUACGAUAUGGAAAACCUGUCUGUAAUUCUGUGCUCAGCUCUGAAGCUCUCUGAAUGACUUUGGGGAAGUCACUCUCCCUCAAGCUAAUCUGCCCUACAGGUUUACUGUGAAGUUAAAAUGUCAUUCUGAGUUUCUUGGAAGAAAGGAAGAAUAGGAUUAUAACAUGAAUACCGUAUUUUUCGCCCUAUAGGACGCACUUUAUCCCCUCCAAAAAUUAAGGGGAAAUGUGUGUGCGUCCUAUGGGGUGAAUGCAGGCUUUCGCUGAAGCCUGGAGAGCGAGAGGGGUCGGUGCGCACCGAACCCUCUCGCUCUCCAGGCUUCAGGAGAGCCCCACCGCCAGCCCCACAAGCUCGGGGAAUAGCGGGGAGGCGCAGCACGACUUGGUUAGACGGCUGGCGGGGGGGGGGAGAAGCCUGCUCCUCCCCGUCGCCAGCCCCGCAAGCUCCCAGAGCGAUGCCAAAGCUGCACGCAGCUUCGGCAUUGCUCUGGGUCCCGUUCUGGGGGCUGGGGGAGGGGGAAGCUCAGGCUUCCCCCGCCCCAGUCCCGCGCCUGGGGGGGGAAAAUUAUUUUCCCCCCUUUAUUCCCCCCCCCCCCCAGAAUCUAGGUGCGUCCUAUGGGCCGGUGCGUCGUAUAGGGCGAAAAAUAUGGUAUUUGGUAGAAACUGAUAGUACAUGACAAAACAUCUUGGAUCUUGCCUAGCAGAUGCACCUACCUACCUACCUAACCAGGGACAAGCAACCUGUGGCUCUGUCAGUAUUAAACCCAAAUUGCCAUCAGCUCCAGCCAACAUGGCAAGGGGUCAGGGAUAAUGAGAGUUGGCGUGCUCUGGUCCAUGGGGUCACGAAGAGUCAGACACGACUAAACGACUAAACAACAACAACAACAAUCCAACACUAUUUACAGAGCCACAAAUUGCCUACAUAUGAAUUUUAGGUCAAUAUAUUCAGCCCGACUAUCAAGCUGUUAUUCCAACAGAAGCUUCAUUUUGAUGAAACUGCUCCCCUUUUAUAAAGCUGUCCUCCAAGACUGGUUUAAUAGUUACGGUGUUCUCUGCCCAUUUACUGGCAGAGAAAUUGCUACAGUUGAGCCGUUUGGAUACUUUCUCCUUCAGAUUAUUAUAGAAGCUGUUUCCUGCCUAGUAGGAAACUUUCUAGUCUAGUUGCAUGCUGUAAGCUCAAUAACCAAGAAAUUCCGGUGACUGAAGUGUCGGCAAAAUCUUAAUGGAUCAUACUAACAAAGAGGAGGAGGAAGGAGGAAUGUGCUGAAUAGGGGCUGGAGAGGCAUCUAUAGAAAUGAAGGGGACAGCUGUUGGAUAAAGAUAGCAAAGUUUAUCCCUUUCUCCCCAAGGCAACAUCAGCACUGACGCUUCCAGUGACAAGAACAGACUUGGCCAUGUUCAUUGUGGGUCUCACGGUCAAAAUCCAUGGAUCAGCCAUGACUGUGCUUGUGUCUAGCUUCUGCUAUUUCUAUGCUGAUCCGUGUGGACUCUAAAUCUGUGCUAAAGGCUGGUGAACAGCAGUUUGCCAGCAUCAGGAUUCUGAGGAUUCUUGAGCAAGGCAGCUUCCGUGGGAUCUCCUAACCUGGCAGAGGUGGGGUGUGCAAACUGCGGAUUCUCUCAACCUUUCUCUGACCCUCUUAGGUGCUCCAUGCAAACAGGUGCUUGGAGCAUUGGGCCUUGUUGCUUCUGUUGGGGCUUUGUUGAAUGCCUAAUCUUUCACCCGGUCCCUAGCAAAUAGUCGUAGGAGGAGCACAGGCACAGAACAGAUUUGCCACAGCAUCGUAUCCUUCAUGUUUUAUGUAGACUUUGUACCCUUUUGUUUUGCAGCACAUUCCCACUACUUGUAUGGUUAUACACUGGCUGCUUUCCGAGAUUAG